GUUCCGAGCGCGUGAAAGGAAUCUUGCUGCUGCAAUUGCUCAAGAGGCAGCAGACACCCCUAGGAAAAGGCGGCUGGAAGCGCUGCCGCUUCCCCCAGAAUGGCGGGAACUUCCCCUCUUGACCCCGGGCGCUAAUUCCCCUCAUCCUCGCUCGCGUCUGGGGCAGGCGGGAGGCGGUGGUGGCGGCGCGCGGAGCUCUCGGCUUCUCGGGAGCCCAGCCUGCUUAGGGGGUGGGACUCGGGCGGGGCCGGGGCUCUCUUGCUCCUCCCUGCCGGGCCGGCGGGGGAUAGUUUCGGAGCGGGCUCGAGGGCGACGGCCGCUUGGUCCGAGGGGAGGCUGGAGCGGGGCUCCGGGGAGACCAAGCUCGGGGCGCGGGUCUAAAGGAGGCGCAGGCCCGGCGAGUUGCGGACCCGGAGGGAGCUCGCUGGUGGGCGCGGGCCGGGCUGCCUCUCGCAACAGGUCCCUAGGCAAACAAGGGCAGGCCGCUCCGCCUCCCCAGGCCCCAGCCAUUGGUCUCCUCCUCGGUCCCCGAGGGGGAGGAAGCGCCACCCGUCGCCUCAAUGCGGUUCGGGGCCAAAAUGAUGCCGGUAAGUGCGCGAGCUUGCAAGAGAAGGGGCGCAAGGCGGGGGGGGGGGGGAAGAGACUUUCCUCCGGUGGGGCGAGGUCGCUAGAUCCCGGGGGGGUCGGGCUGGUGGUGCCUUGGCCUCUGCCUGCAUCCGGAGAUCUGGUCUUUCUCUGGUGCAACGCAGGCGGAGAUUGCUGCCGCCGCCGCCGCUUCCCGGUCCAACUUCCAAUGGAGGAAAAGUUGGGAAACGCGGCUUAGGAUGGGGAAUAUUAAAAAGUUACACGCGGCGGCGGGAUCUUUAGCGCUCCGCCCCCCCCCCCCCCAACUGGGUAUGUGGCGGGGAGGGAGGGAAGGAUCUGGCCAGCUGCUCUCGAGGGAUCGAUCUAAGAUGGGGCAGCUCAGUCCGGACGCGGGAGGAUCAGCAAAUGGAGCUGCUGUUCCUGCUCCUCGCGGCGAAACGCGUCGAGAAAAUGGAGAGCUGCCCUCCCAGUGCCUUCGUGGAGCGGGGGGGGGAGAGAGAGAGAGAGAAAGAAAGAAGCUCAGGCGCUACACUUUUUUCUCCCCCUCUGGUCUGCCAAAUUCGUGUAACGUUUCCCCUUCCAGAAACCUUGACCAGUUUCGAUUGCUUCCUUAUUAGAAAGACGCAGACUUAACUAAUACCCAGUAGUUCCUGCUUCUCCCUGUGGUCAGUUCAAGUCCAAGGAAAUGGAGGAUUAUAAGCACAAGUUGUGCAGGUAAAAGGGCUAUUAGGUUAAUAGUUCAAAAGCACUAGGGCCAGCUGGUUGGUUGUAUGUAUGUAUGUACCACGUUCGAGGUGUGUUUGGUAGGAAACCCCGAUUUAUUGAAUGGGAGAAAGCAGGAACCAAAAAAAGUCUGCCUAUUUAAAGUAGGUUAGUUAUUUCAGGGAAGUAAUUAAAUCAAAAGGCUUUCUACUCUCCAGUAUAACAAGAACUAAGCCACUAUUUCAGUCAGAAGCUUCUUCAUUCUUUUUGUAGAAAUUGUGCAUCAAUAAAGUCAGAUGGUUUAUUGAUUUCUCAGGUAAAUCCCAUCAUAUAUUCAAAAAUGAUACUUUCUCAAGGGUUGCUUAUGUUUCUUUUACCGGUUUUAUAUUUCUUAUAAAAUAAAAUGACUAAUUCAAAAAACAUUUCAGAAUAUUGGGAAGAUGACAGUUCCUAGGAAUCAUUUAGGACUACUUUGUGCUUUAUGACAUUGUAUAUGAAAAAUGCUGUUGGUGGAGAAAUACAUGAAACCUGAGUAUCAUGUACUUUGGUAAUUGUACGUACGUAGAUAAGGAUACACACAGGUCCACAAUCCAUAGGUACAAAGCAAAUCCCAUUCAUAUAAGAUUUUGUGGGUAACACUGAAGUGCUUUCUGCAUUAAAAAAAUCUUAAUGUGUCUUGUGUCUGAUGCGCCUUAAGGCACAACUGAGGUAGGAGAAAAUAAUAGCACUGCAUAGCCUUCUGUACAGCUCAAAAAAGCAAAAAUUUAGUUGCCACGUGUUGUGUUAGCUGGCCACUUUGAAAUUAUGUUAGAGCUGUGGAAGUAGGGUUGGAUAUUUCUGCUGCAGAUGGAAAGUGCGUACACAUAUGUAUCUCCCAUGUUUUCUCUCGGUAUUUGUCAAAUAAUAUAUUUUAUGUUAACCACUUACAGGUUUUGAUGAUUAAGCUGUAUAUAAAUCCUGUUAAUCAUUUCAAAGCAACAAUGCUUUGUUUAUUUAUCAACUGUUCAUAGAUAAUCACUAUUGUUUCAUUACACAAGGUAUGUGUUAGUUGUAAAUAUGAAGUUUCCUGUGGGGGCGGGAAUUGAAUUUUCGUAGCACUCAGCUAGUUUUAUUGCUGGGAAGAUACACUUUUCCAUUCCUGUCUUGAAUAUUCUGAGAAAAGUGACACAACUGAUGACCACUGGCUAACGUCUAAGGCCUGCCUUAUUUUGAGAAUGUUUUGUGUGUGUCGGUGGGUUAAGAGGUAGCUCUUAUUGAUUUUUAAAACAUUGGCAGUUGUAAGUAUCAGCAAAGUUAUUGCUGACCCUGCAGCAUUACCUGAAAUUCUGUGGACAAGGGAUCACCCCCUUGUCAUUCCUUCUAGAGUCUAGACCCUAUUUUAAUAAUUUGGCAAAAUCCUUGUUCCUUGAAGAUCACUGGGUUGCUUUCAAUAUACCAUGUGCAGUGUCAGGAAGAUUUUCCCCCCCAAAAUUGCUGCAAUUAACUAACAUAGCAAUUGGGAAAAAUCAUGGAACUUGCCUAGGAGUACCUUUACUAACUAACCUCUUAUUUCUAAUAGAACUUGUCCCCAGUAAUUUAAUAUAUUAGCCUAUAUAUACACUCUCCUGUUCACACAACCAGAAUAAAUGAAGACAGGUGCAAGUGUAGAUUUUCCCAUUUUCAGUUAUUGGCCUAGUUCACAUGUUAUGCAAGCCAGCGUUAAUAGUUUAUCAUGAAUGAAGAAAUGAUUCCUGCUUUGCUUCUCCUGUAGCAGGAAUAACAAACCACAAAUCCUGGCUUACAUUUGAAUUAGAGAUUCCUUUGUUUCACUAACAUAUUGAUCGGUAAGCCAAUAACAAACCUUGACAUCCCAUUUUGGUCUGUUUAGAGCAAAACAAACCAUGAACCCUGGUUCAGACUGUAACACUAAGCCAGGAAUCAUGAUUUGUUGCUCCUGCUUGCUGUAGGGGAAGAACAAAGUGGGUGACAUCUACAUGUUCAUAAUAAGCCAGCUACAGUGACUUGCAAAUGCUGCAAAUGAUAUUUAUAGAGUAACAGUUCUAAUCCCUUUUACUAAUUGGUGGGAAUGGAGGUAAAGAGGUAAUGACAAGAAGUAUGUUACUUCUUAGGUAUCAUUGGAGGGAUCUCCAGACAUAUAAUAUUUUGCUUUUGUUUUGUUCUUACUGUGAUUUCUUUUUUGUUAGUUGGUACAGUUCCCAUAAGUGUAGCGACUAUAACUGCUUUGAUGGCCCGAUGAGGUUUCCCUCAACCCGUUGCAUUUAUAUUGUUAUGAGUUUGUGGGUGCCAGACCAUUGCAAUCCCUGGACCCAACAAGUGUCAUAAUUUAAUUAAGGCUUGAGAAGUGCUAGACACUUCUAAUCCCUGGACCAACAAGUGUUAAAAGCUAAUUAAACCAACCUAAGCUAUGUUGAGGUGAUUGCUCGGGGUGAUAGGCCAUAAAGAGAACAGAGGAUCAGAGGACUCUGUGCCAGAUGGCAAAGGGCUGGGGUUGCUCCCCCAGCAAAUGAGGCCAGAGUUUAGAGUAGAGAGUUAGAAGUAAUGUGAGCUAGAAGAAGAUGAUGAUGAUUUUGGAUUUGAUAUCCCGCCUUUCACUCCCCUUAAGGAGUCUCAAAGAACACUGUGAGGUGAGUGAGGCUGAGAGACUUCAGAGAGAAGUGUGACUAGCCCAAGGUCACCCAGCAGCUGCCUGUGGAGGAGCGGGGAAGUGAACCUGGUUCACCAGAUUACGAGUCCAUCGCCCUUAACCACAACACCACGCUGGCUAGGAGAUAGAGUGAGCAAACAGCAGGCAGAGCCUGAUGCCUGAUGUUUGUCUGAAUCCAAGCCUGAUCCUGUUGGGAGAAGCAAGACCCUUUUGGGUUGUUAAUGCUGGGAACCCUAGGUAAAGCGCUUGGAACCCCUGGAAUCUUGCACUGCUCAGCAAUUUGGGAUGGUGUGCAACAAUAUUUAUAUCCCAGUUUUCCUCCCAGCAGCUCAGAGAGGUUUGUGUGGUUUUCGUCCUCUUGAGGUAGAUUCCCGAGAGAGAGUUCCUGGCUCUGGUCAUUGUGACUAAGCAGAGAUUUGGUCUUGGUUUGCAUGGGGAAAACCACACUGGUUUUCUUUUAUACAGUUUUGUUGAUUUCCAGUAUAUGACAACAGUUAUAAAAAAUAAAAUCAUAACAAAAUGUACCCCCCUUCUUCAUCCAGGAUGGAUCAGUCUAGUUAAGUUUUCCAAAGUCCAGUCUAUGAUUUGGGUGGUUGUCAUUCUUCAGGGUGAUCAGUAAAGUAUUUUAUAAAAGGAUGCCAUAUUUCAGCAAAAUCGUGUACAUCAUUUGCAUUAUUCAAUGCAUGUAAUCUCUUUGCUAUUUUUUUCUGAUAUAUAAAUUGACCAUACAUUCUGUUUCUAAUGAGAAACGCACAGGUGUCCCAAUCCUUUCCAAUUUUGCCCCGAAAUUGGAAUGCUGUUACUAAAAGCAAAGUAAUUAGUUAUUUAUUACAAAGGUUUGGAUUGUCCUUAUUUAAAAAUGGUUAACAAUCCCAAACUUGGGGUAUAUUCCACAUGUUGACCUGUAACAUAGCUUGUUUCUGUAAAAAGCCUCUGCCAGAAGGGUUUUAUAUGCUCACACACCCACCACAUGUGAAAUGUUGUACCUAUACCAUUGCAGUCUUUUCAGCACAAGUGGUGAGAUGAUUUUAUUAAUAUAGCUACACUUCAGAAAUUGCUUUUUUCGUAGAAAUUGAUGUUCAUAUAUUUUCACUGAUCCUUUUAAAUGAUUAUUAUCCCCUUGCUACUUCUUGGUAAGGAAACGUAGUUAAUCUGUUAUAGUUAUCUCUGCAUCCUUCUGUUUUGUAGAGGGCAAGGCUGAUACUGUGUUAAACUAACUAGUGGUCAGCAAAGGACAGGCAGUAGAAAUCAAACAGUCCUGCUCCAAGAAGUGAUAACUCACCGUUCCAUAUGCUUUAGAUAUGUGGGAGUGUGACUGCUGCAUAGAAGUAGUGAGGGGCUAAAAUGCUUUUUUAGAAGCAUAGCAUCUAGUUGCAUAAUAAGUUUUCCUUUAUCUAUUUUUAUGUAAUCACUCACGUUACAUUUAAGCAUAGGCAGAUGAUAGCAUUGACGCGUACAAUUGCAAUAUCUGCAGGAAAGCGUAUAUUUAAAGGGAGCUGCAUGUUACAAAGUCAUAGGCAUAUAGGGCACAUGGGAAGCUGCCCUACAGACCUUUGGUCCAACUAGCUUACUGUUGUCCACAUGGAGUGACAGCAGCUCUAUAGGGUUUCUCUGAGCCGUACUGGAGGUGAUGGGGAUCGAACCCUCAAAGUGGAUGCUCUACCUCUGAACUAUGGCCCUUCUCCAUGUGCUGUGGCGGCACAUGGUUUUUUAAAAAAGGACAUGUGGCCACUUCAAAUGCUAAUUGGAUACCAUGCACACUUGGCUCUUCCCCUUUGGGCCACACUGCAUCGCAAGCAGAAAACCAUAAUUUUGACUUCUUGUAUCAUAAACAAAUCAUGAGCCCAGGUUUGAAUGACAGCCCAAAGUUUAUUGUUUGCUGUUCACAGUGUGACCAGGAAGGGCAGUGGAGUCUGUUGUGGACUUCUCAACAUGUACCAGCAUGCUCAUGUUCACCUUAAACUACAGUAAACAUAAGCUAUAUUUUUAACUUAGGGGUAGGAAACCAUUUUUUUAUGGUGGGUCAGAUCAAAAAGUGGUCAAGGUUGCACACCAAUCAGUCAUCUGAUGUCUAUGAUAUCAGGUGUAUCAAAUCACACCUGAAAACAGAGUACCUUUGGUGAUAGCUUUAAACAGGGUCACAUGUAAGGCAGGACUGCAAAGGAACAAUUGGGACUGCAUGGCCUCAGGUUUUUCCUUUCCAACUGCAGUUUGCAUAUGAUGCUAUUUAAUUUUGGUGCCAAAUGCAUUCCCUGCUUCUUUCAGCAAGGACUUGAUCCACUCAGGUACUCUCAUUGUUCUUUUAGUGUCAGCUGCGGAGAGUAGGGGUGAGAGGGAAAGCUCAGUUGGAUGUUUGGACUUCUGUGUAAUGGUUGAUGCAAGAGUUUGUUACUACUUUCUGCAGACUGGAUUAUUGAUAAUCUGCCCACAUGUCAAAUUUGGGCCAGUUGCUUGGGGGAGAUAAUAUGUUGGUCUUUUGGCCAGAUCCAGUUCCCUACUCUUUCUUGUGUUUGAAAUUUCAAAUAAAUGGGAUUUGCUUCUAAGUAAAUGGCCACCCAAGGGCGCUUUUAUUUGUUUUUUGAAUGGUGGACCCCUGACCCAACAUGGUGCUUGAAAAAUGGCUAUUUAAAUUGUGGGGAAUCUAAAGCUGUGUUUUGUAUACUCAAAACUAAUAAUAAAAAAUAACCCUACUGGGCUAGCACAAGCCUUUGCCUGUGUCUAGAAUAGCUCUUUGGGGAUCCUGCCAGUAUAUUUACAAUUUAAGUGCCAAAAUCUUAUUUAUGGUCAUAGUAGCAGAUGGGAAACCUAGGAGGAACAGAACUGUUUUGACAUCAAUGCUGGCAGUAGAGCAUAGAUUUGGUCCCCAUAUUGUAGCGCAAAAAUAUUUUUAUGCUAUCAUAAAUUUAAUAAAUGAUAAUAAUAAAAUUGGCUAUAUAUAUCUGUGAAUAUAUGAGAGAGGAAGCAAUUAGAUUCUGGAUUACAUCCUAAAUGCACAUUUUUCUGUUGUAUAAAUCCCAAACUGCUGAAAUUGUGAAGGUGGGGGAUCAUAGGGUAUGUUGCUUCUCAGCAUGCUGGGGAAACUGGAAAAUAAGUGUACAAUACAAUCCUAUGCAGGUAUAGGAUUGCAGCCUUAUGUAUGAACGGUUUCUUCCUCCACCUGUUUCUUUUCUCCUUUUUGAGGCAUCAUUGUGUAAUAUUUCAUAGGAUUCUGAUUGCUUCUGAGUACUGCAUUUGUAUCACUAGAUACAGGUUUCCUGUACUGUGUUAAUGCACUGUAUGUGUAAGGUUGCUAACUAAGUAGCUAUCUAGCAUCUAAUUUCAUAUUGUUCUUUUUUGCUGUGUAGGUGCAAAACUAAAUGCUACUGUUGUCUUGAAUCUGUGCUUUAAGGCAUGAGUUCUGGAGCUGUCAGCUUUUCAUUGAAUCAAAGUGUCUGUUGUGUUGAACAGACUUCGGUUUUUAAUAAAUUGCUCUUAGUUUUGGUUUUUUGGUUUCCUGCUUACUCUAGAGCAUUCCCCUAUCUACUUGCCUCUCUUGAGAAGUCUGCUUGGGAGUGGGUGACCUUAAAAAAAAUAAAUUUGUAGUAUGUUCUUGUAGAAAGAUCAGGUGAUAUUAAUGUUGCCUCUAGGUCAGUAUGGGCCUACUGACCAGAUGAUGGAUUAUAGGGUUCUUUGGUCUAGUCUAGUGUAACAGGGCUCGUAUGUUCUUAAUGCCACUUGCUUCAGAAUUUUUAUGUUGAGUAUUCUAGGAAAGGCAUGACCUCGAAGUGUUUUAAAAGCUGAGUGGACACUAUUUUCUGAUUGAAAAAUAGCAGGAAAUAGAUUUGCAGAUUCUUUUAAUUGGGUACCUUAAACUGAGUAGAUGCCAAAUUCAGAAGCAGGCUUUAUAGGUACAGGUUUCCUCUCCUCCUUUCUGAGUAAGGCCACAACAUGGAUAUAUAUACAAAAGGCAAUACAAUACAAAGGCAUUGCAAUAGUGGAUAUUUCAUUUUCAUUCCUUUUCCGAAUGACCUUUAGCAUGGAAGUUUCCGCAUUAAGUUCAAUUAAGUACAUUUAAUUGAUGUUUUUUAUUGAGCUAGCUAUCAUUUGUUUGCCCUUCUGAGCUUCUUUGGGAGGAAGGUUGGGUUAUAAGUUAAAUUAAUAAUUUUUUAAAAUGCCAAUAUUUUAUUUAAAAAAUUGUAAAGUCACCUUUGAGCAGACCUUCCAGUGUGUCAGACAAAAUAACCAUAAAAAAUUAAAUUAAAAUCCAAGAUAACAGUAAUGUGGCAGAUAAAAGCAACCUUAAAAGCAGCAUUUAAAGCACAAUAGCUUUCCUGGCAAGUGACUGCCAGUACAGUACAGACUCUCAUCAGUAGAGCUGAAUUCUCUCCCCCCCUCUAAUGUGCAGCACUCAUGGAGCCUCAUUUUUACAUGGGUACAUGCUAUUCAAGUGACUGCUAUAAUGUUGUUUUGUUUGUGAAAUUGCUACUGCAGAGUGUGGAGUUUGCAGCAGGGUAUAAUUGUGUAGUUAUGAUACCCCAUGGGUUCACAAUUCUUUAUUUAAAUUUCCUACCUGGCAAUGAUCAAGAAGGAUUGCAUAUAUAAACAGGCCCUUGAUGUUAGAAAGGUAGUGUAGCUUCUGUGUUUGUCAUAACACCUGUUGUGCUGUUGUUGGUUCUGCUUAAAUGUUUGAGUAGAGAGGGAUUCCUUUAAAACAAUAGUACAGAUCAAUGCUGUGUGGUUUGGAAAAGAUUUGUUCUGGUUUCUCUCUACAAAGAUAACUUUUUUGUUUCUCAUCUCUUGGGAUGCAGCUCAGUUUCUACGAUUGAAAAUGUGUGCUAUGUUUAGGAAUAAAAGUAUGAGCAUGCUUUCUUGUCUUCAGUGCAAAUCUCUGUUUACAGACCUGCUCCUGGAAAUAAAUAAGUGGAUGCAGGGUUACUGGUGUCAGGAAGUCUGUGGCAAGGUGAGCAUCAAAUUAGGGGAGUUUCCAUUUCUUCAGUAUCCUUUGCUUGCGAAUCUCAGGUGGCACCACCCUUUUCAUCAUCAAGCAACAGAGAAGUCUGUAAGAAUUGUAGCUGGGAUGGAGUGUCAUCUAGUAUGUAAGGUCUAGUUCAGCUAUCAUGUGAAAACUCGUGCUCUACAUGGAAGUAUAUUUGCUGUGUGAUCAACACAUCAUGUGGAGGUUUGGCAUGCCACAAGCACCUAGGAAGAAUGGAGGCUUCAUGUAAUGAACCCCACUUACUUAUGCUUACAGACAUCAUGAGUGCCUCCAUCUGAAAGUGUAAUUUGGUACUACUAACAUUGGAGCCAGCCCUUGGUUGAAGAACGUUGAAUUUCCUUUUUAUAGCAUUGUACGCAUGUUUACUUCCAACAAUUGAGUUUUUCAUACAAUAGCAUCCCUCAGAGCCUCUCUCUGAAUACAAUUUUGCUGGAGUCCAGCCACCCACUGGCUUCACAUAACAGCAUUUCUAACUCUGAUGGGAGCGGCACCACAGUGGAACUAUAGGAUUUAUUUUUAAGCAAAGUUGCAGCACAAAGCUUGCUUGUGCUUCUGACGUAAGUAAUGAGAAACUAAACAAUGGAAGCUUAAGGUGUUGCUGUAUUCACAACUCUAUUUUGCAGAGAUGUCAUUUUGAUAGGGUUAAACUUUAACAAGUUGUGCAAACCUAACAUAGUAGAGGGGGCAAUCUUAUUUCCUUCGGUAUGUUGGUGCAUUAGCAAAGCUACAUCUUUAUUGCAAAAAUGGUGUUUUUGCUGACUUCAUUCUGUUUGAAAACAGUAUUGAUUUUUGAAUGCUGACAGUGUGCAUUUUUGGCAGCAUAUCAAAUAUAGAGGUGAGUAUGGUGUCUGCUCUGAAUACAAUCAAAAGGACUGAAUAUUUUGUGAAGUUGGUUUGUGUUUGUGUUUGUGUGCAUGUGUGUGUGUGAGAGAUGUGGGUCCAUGAAAUGAGGCAUAAACAAUACAGUCCAAAUUUUGGUGACCAGUCUAAUUAAAUCUAUCAAGUUCUAGGAAAUGUGACUUCCUUUGAUACGGAUAAUGAUGUCCCUGAAAAGGCAAAACAGGGAUAGCCAACAUUGUGCCCUUCAGAUAUUAUUAACCUUCAACACCUAUCAUUGCUUACCUUGCUGGAUGGGGUUGAAUGGAUUUAGGAGCCUAACAAAAUAUCUGGAGAGCACCACAUUGAUUGAAGUAUGAAGAUCUGGAGAGAAAUUAAAUAGUAAGUAAAGAAACUUGGCUACUGCAAGGUGAUUGAGUGGGUGGUGGGUGCCGAACUCCAUACAUUCCUGGAUGAAUUGGUAUUUAGACUCAGUUUAGUUGGCUUCUGAUCCAGUUUUAGAACCAAAACAACUUUGAUGGACAACCUGUGCUGGGUGGGGGGAGAAUGUGACCCAGCUGGUUCUCAUGCAUAUAUCAAAGGUUUUUUAUACCAGUUACUGCGGUAUCUAGUUGGACAGACCUUCUGAAGUUGAGGGUUCUCUCCAGUCAAAACUCCUCCUGAUGUUUCAGAAGGUGGUACUGGGCAGCUAUUGUUUGGCACCAUGUAUUUAUGUUCUUGGUUCUGUCUUGAAUAUUGUUUAAUAUUUAUAUCAUCUUUUUCCAUCCUAGUGUCCUUCUGACAUUUUGGAUUGUAAAUUCCAUUAUUGACUAAUGGCUGUAUUGGCCAUUUCUGGUUAGAGCUAAUCCAACCACAUCUGGAGGGCACCAGCUUGGGGAAUGCUGUACUGUAUUACCCUCUGGGGGAGAUCUUUUGGAGUAAGGCUCUUUCUCCUUUUCAUCAAAUCCAGAUGAGGGAAAAGAUGUUCUGAAUAGAUGUCUAGAGUCAGUAGUUGGUUGGAUGAGGACCAAAAAACAAACUCAGUUCAGCUAAGAUAGAAGCACUGUUGCCUGGUGACACCUGGCCAGGAUAUAGGGUUUGGACGGUGUUGCAGAAGCCCUAAAGUAAUGGUGGCUAAUCUGUGGCUCUCUGGAUAUUGUUGGACUAUAACUUGCAUCAGCCUUAGCUAGCGUGGCGAGUCCUUAGGGAUGAUGCAAGUUGUUACCAGCAACAUCAAGGGUUAAUUCAGGUAAGUAUUUCCCAGCUGACAGCUUUUGAGAGCCUGCAUGAAAUAGCAGAAAGAACUUGCAGGUGAGGUGACAUCCACAUUGCUAUAGCAACUUCGUUAGCAGGGAUAGGUUUUCUAAGUAGAAAAAAUUUCUCAGGAAAUUUUCUGUCUUGGAAGUUGUGAGUGUGAGGUGUGACCACAUUUUCCUGUUUUGUGGUCUCACUUUAAAAAAAAGUAUGAACACAUUUCUGCGGAGAUGAGGUUUAUGGUUUGUGGCUCAGUAUAUGGGAACUGAUGAUUAUUCAUAAGUGGGGCUGAUUGUGAGCGGCUUAACAUGGCAAAAAUAAAAAUGCUCAUAGGCCUAUUUGCACUUAGUUUUUCUCUCAGUUUCCCACUCUUAAAAGACAAAGUUUCUCAAAGCAUUUUGGGUGCAUGUGUUGUUCUUCUGGAUUUCAGAAUUAUUUCUUACUGUCAGAGAGAAACUUGACACCUUUCAUAAUGCAAGCGUUGGAGCCUCAGAGUUGCAAAAGGUCAAGCGUUUUAGGUUCUCUUAUGGGACAAAUAAGGAGGAAAACACUCCCGUCUUAUUCAGUCCCAGAAUAAUGCUGCAUUUCCUACUGUACUCCACCUACUUUGCAUCAUAACUUCCUUUCUCAUAUUUGUGGCUAAAUGCCAGAGCUGCACAAACUGAAUAUUAUUUGCAGUUACUCACAAGGCAGGAACAUGUGCUGACCGCCACCGAUAGAUAUAGGUAAAUCUACUUUUCUUUUACUGUUGAGUCUUGCCCUAGUGCAGUGAGCAAUUUAUCUCUGAAAUAAUACAAGAUAGCAAUGUAUUAAAUGGGUGAAAUAAUUUUUAGUAGGUUGGUUUUAGUGUUACUUGGUCUUUAAGCACAGAGAAAUUCAGGCAUGCUAAGACUGAACAGUUGAAUAUGUGAGUAAUUGGCCUUGAAAGGUGUGGGAUUGCAUUUUUGCUUGAAUUGCAGCAGAGUUAGGUCCCCCCCCCCCCCCCAGUUCUUCUGGUUUCAUUUGAAAGCAGCAUUUACAUAUUAGUAUGGAAUGCUAUGUAUUAGAUUAAAAACCUUCCGUUGUACAGACUGCCUUUUGUCAUUCAGAAAGUUGUAGUCAAACAAAGAAACAUUUUAGUUGUUGAUUUCUUUGUGGUCUGCCUGUGAAGAUGUUACACCUCUGCUUUCUGAGAUCUGGUAAACUGUUGAAAUGAACAGUACUUGGAAACUAGAGUUUUAAAUGGGUUUCUGGUUUGGGAAAAACUCCAGCACUGUUUUGCCGUUGAAGUGCGUCUAUAUAAUUUUUGUAACAGCUUAAUUGCUAGGUUUUUAUUGUUUCCUCCUACUCAGCUUAAAAUAACUUCUGUUCUCGUUGGAAAAUAUGAAUUAAGAAGCCCUUUAUGGCUUCUAAAAAAUGGUUAUUGCCUAUGUCAUUCUUUCUAGAAUGCAGGUGUGCAGUUAUGCUGUAUGGAGAAGAGCAGCUGUAUAGAAUUGAAUGUUGAUAGACAUAAACUACAUUAGACUGGCUUUAUGUGAUGCUAGCUCUUUUUACGUAGAUACCGUAAUCUUUACAGGGCCUUUAAAAACACUGCAGUUAAAAAACAGUUAUUGGUGGCUUAAACAUAUGUAUCAGAAGUGUAGUUUUGUACCACUGGAGUUCAGAUUAAUGAAAGAUAUAUAUACCAUUUUGUUAGAGCUUUGAGUACAGCAGCUUCAUUAAAGGUCACCCAUACAGAUGCUGUUUUUUGCAUAGGAAACAGGCAUGUAAAUGUCUCUUGUGCUACCUUAUGUAUACUCCAUCCUUGACAUGUUGUGAACUUGAGAAGUAAGCCUUGUGGCUAUUUUUUUUGUCCUAUUUGUGAAGGGGAUGGUACCCUUUAGAAAUGUCCUUUGUGGUGCAUUCCCUGAACUAACAUUCUUCAAUUCUAUGCCUUUAAAAAAAAAGUACAGCUGUGUCACUGCAAAAGGAAAACAGGUUCUCAGUUUUGAAGGUAAUACUUUCUGUGCACUCUUUGUUUAAGGCGUAAGGUGAAAGAAGCAUUUUCAUCUUCCAUCUGCAUUUAUGUAUUUUUUAAAUCCAAGUUAAGCCCUUCUUUGCCUGACCAUAGCACGUUAAAGUCUUUUUGUUUUUGUUCUCAUUUAGAAGAAAUGGGAUAAGACAGGUCUGUCCUCCUUUCCUGCAUAGUUUGGAGUUAACUUGACAUUUUUGUGAGUUGUAGAUCUUCAAGCCCGAAACAAGGUGACUCAAAUGGUUUUGAAAACUUGAUAUAAAUAAGCAUAUAAAUCAAAUUCUAAGUGAUUGACAUAAUUGAAUAAGAUAGAAGACUUGAAGAUUGCCCGUAUUGUGCGUGUGUGCCGCUGACUAAAAGGGGAGUCUACACAUGAGUGUUGUUGUACAAGGUUGGGGAGACUCGAGUUCAAAUCCCUACUUGGUGGCUUUGGCUCAGUCACCAACUCUCAACCCAACCCACCUCACCAGACUGCUUGUGAGGAUGGAGAGAACCCAUUAUGCCUCCAGGGCUCCUUGGAGGAAGGGUGAAAUAAAAUCUGCAAUGGCUAACAACGAACAUGUUUGUGGUUAACAGGGUAAAUACAGUUUCCUUCUUACCAUUUUGUAUUCAUAUUCCUGACACGAGAAGCUACAGCUAAUCUGUUUCUUGUGAACGUCUGGAAAAUUGUAGAAAGGAUUUUGAAAUUAAGUUGAUUUUUUUUAGGGCAUAUCAGUAGUUAGAAAUAGAAAUAUGGCACACAGAAUUGAAAAAGGUGACAGUUUUUUUUAAAGUACUCAUAUGUGAGAAGGUUAAACAUUACUUUCUACCAUAAGGAUUUGUGUAGUAAAGCUAUAUUUACAAUAAGCAAUCUGGCAACAGUGCUGGGGAACCUGGCAUUUCAAAGAACCCUUAGCACAGCUUUAGCACUGAAUAGUUCAAAGAAGAAAUACACUUAAUGCAGGCUGUCUCUCAUUAUAACUUACCGCUUCAAAUCCCCACUCGUUUUUCCUGUUUCACCUUCUUCUUCCGGCUGCAGGGUGUGUUGGAGCUCUGCCCUACAGCGAGUAAUAUGAUGUAGAGAUGUUCAAGGUAUAUAAUUGGCAUGUGAGCAGGCAGGUGUUUGAUGAAGGAAGGUGUAGAAAAGUUUUUGAAUUACAAUUGGGUAACAGAUGAUGUGAGAGCAAGAGAAGGUGUAACUUGCAUCUAUGCAAGUUGCACAGGAAUGAUAUCCCAUCCACAUACUAAUUUUCAAAGAUACAAACUCAUUCUCCUCCCUCCCCCCACAAAAAAGCCCCCCAGUUGUUUCCCUUUCUGACACGGGUAGGUUCUCUGUUCAGCAAGAAUCAUCAGCCUCCUUCGAUGUAACCCAAUGGUUAGCCGAUUUUUCUUUUCUAGAAUCAUGGUCAACUAGUAAUGCAGCUCUUGGUGAAUUUUAUCAGUACUUUCUAAUACAAUUUUAGCAUCUUUAUAUGCUUUUAUGGCACACAGUUUCACAUACUGAAAACAUGAUUGUAUAUGAAAAAUGACGAGGUGCAUUGAGUCAAAGUUUGUUUUUGGCGAUGUAACGUGAAGGAGGAUUUUGUGCCUUCUGUUUAAAGUGUCUGCAACUAAGAACUCUAGAAAGCAGCAAUGAUGUGGUAUGUUGGUUAAAAUUAUAUUUUGUAUAUCUGUAUCAAGAUAUAUUAGGAAUUUGGAUGCUCAUAACUACUAUGAGCUCAGAGCUAGUAUAACAUCAGCUGAGUUGUGAACUCCCUUGAUAGCCUUAAGCUAAUCUUGAGCUCCUUCCACGUCAUCUGCUAUAGGGUGACAAUACUGCCUCACCUUACAGAGCUAUUGAAAGUAUUAUUAAGAUAUGGGAAACAUUUUGAUGUCUUAAGAAAAAGUGGUGCGUAAAUAUAAAGUUAUUGCUUUAAAAAGUGUUAUGAGAGAUGAGGUCUUGUUUUGAUUUAGCAGCUCAGUUCAGACAACAUGCUAAACCUUGGAUUGAACUUGUAAAUAUUUAAACAAACACCUGUGGUUUAGAGCUGUGUGUCUGGUCGUAGCUCCAUUCAGUGUGCUGGUCUUUGGAGGCAGAACAAUGGCCACCAUGUAGUUUGUCAACUCACACAUCAUGUCAAGCCAUAUGUAGCACACACAAUGGUUUCUAAUUCCUGUAUGCUACCCAGUCACAAGCUGUGGUUUGAUUUGAUGUCUAACCAAACCUGAAUGUUAACAAGUUUUAAAAGUUAUUUUUAAAUGACAGGGAAAUGCGUGUUCUCAUCUACCUAAUCUGCGUAACUCAGUGUGCUGUCACAUAAUUUGAAGCGUAUGUGUGUGUUGGAAUCAAGCGUCUGGCUUGGAACUCUGGCUUUGAUUUUAUAUCUCUUAAACAUUUUUGCUGAUAGACCUAUAAAUGAAAUAUUAAUUAGUGGGAUGAUAGUAACUCCUGUUGAAGAUAUUUUGCUGCUAGAAACCUUAAGUUUGGCAGCUAUUGCAGAUAUCAAAGUUCAAGGUAGCUCCAGGAAGCAAAUAAACGGAUUAAUUAUUUAGUCAUCAGUUAGAUCAUAGUUGCCUGCAAUUUGCUUAGCCUAAACUACGACUGAAAUUACCUUUAGUGAAUACUGGACAUACCAUUUAACCUGAAGAAGCGGCCAGCUUCAGAGUUCAUGAAUUUAUUGAGGGAUCACUUUGCCAUUUCUUAAAACAGAGCUAGGGUAAGACCUACCACAACUUAACCUUCAAUGCCUAAAUUAAGAGAAUGGUUAGCUCAAAUAGAUUUCAGAGUUAGUCUAAUGAACACUACUUAAUUUGCAAUGUAGUAUAUAAAAAUGACUUAGAAAAUGAAUUAUUUUGAAACAAAGUGAAGAAGGUUAUGACAUUAUUUUAAGAUUCAUGGUUACAGAUUUUGGGCAGAGGUGGGGCUAGAUAACAUUGGCUCUUUCAACACAUAAUAUUCUGUGCUUCCAGAGUGGCUUUCUAAUUAACGUGGAUUUUAUUCCUGUUGUAAGCUUGUUAAUUUUGGAGUGAUAAUGGGCCAUGUGAUGGUGAAAUCCAGAUGUUUAGCACCUCCUUAGGGGAUUGCAAACAGUUUUGUAUAUAGCACUAGGUGGUUGGGGAUUCAUAUAGCAAGAUACCACCUGUUUAAAUGUAUUACUUUAAAUAGCAACAAGUUUUUAUCUGGUUAUUUGAACUUAAUCUCUGGAGUUGUGUGAUGUUGCCUUUGGCUGAGUUGGGUCAUACAAAUAAAAUAUAUAUUUAUAAAUUAAGCAAGUAUGUUCUAGGAAAUGGCUCUGUGCCUUAUCCAAAGUUGCAUUCAUCUGAGCUGUAAGGAUUUUUUUUCAGGAGUUGGCACCUUUCAAGCUGUUUGUACUUUUACAUACAAGAGCAUGAUCCUUUAUGCUGUAUUGUGUUUUUAAUAUUUGGUUGGGAGCCGCCCAGAGUGGCUGGGGAAACCCAGCCAGAUGGGCAGGGUGUGUGUGUGUGUGUGUGUGUGUGUGUUAUAUAUAUAUAUAGGGAUGAAGCAUGCAAACCACCCCAGACAUCUCCUUUUGUCUGGAUAAUUCUACAGUGGUACCUUGGGUUACAGACGCUUCGGGUUACAGACUCCGCUAACCCAGAAAUAGUACCUCAGGUUAAGAACUUUGCUUCAGGAUGAGAACAGAAAUCAUGCUCCGCAACAGCAGCAGCAGGCCCCAUUAGCUAAAGUGGUGCUUCAGGUUAAGAACAGUUUCGGGUUAAGAAUGGACCUCCAGAAUGAAUUAAGUUCUUAACCCGAGGUACCACUGUAUGUCUUUAUCCUCUGUAGCCAAUUGCUAUACAGUGUUGCUUUUUAUAGAGAAAUAAUUGAAGCAGUAUAUUUGGGCUCCAUUCCAGUCAGGUUGUCACAUAGAAGAAAACUAAAGAGCUAACAUUGAGGUUUCUGCUUCUAGAAACUUCCAUCAGUGAGAACCAGAGAUAAAAUACAUUUAGGAUUUAUGGGACUCUGAUCUGCUCUCUUCCAGAUGUUUCUUACUGUGUACCUCAGUAACAACGAGCAGCACUUCACUGAGGUGCCAAUCACCCCAGAAACGACCUGCAGAGAUGUAGUGGAUUUGUGUAAAGAGCCUGGUGAGACUGAAUGCCACCUGGCUGAAGUGUGGUGCGGCUCAGGUAAGGGAAACAUGCCAAUUGUAACCUGCCAGGCAUCUAGAUAAGUGUCUCUCUAGUUUCUUUUAACACCAGGAUUAAUUGAACUUUUAAUCACAUGAGUUCAUAUAAUGAUUUGCAUUGUGCAGCUUUGUUUUUAAUAUUAGUUGCCUUCAUGUUAGUGUAAAAUGAAAACCAGACUAUUACAGUGGCAGCAGCAAACAAUUGUCUGCAGAUCAGUUGCUCCUCUCCCAGCUGGUCUUGGAGUGAAAUUACAGGCUUUUGUUUCACAGUCUAUAAGAGGCCUUGGCUUAGCCUCUGUCAAGGCAUGCCCUUACAUGGUACCCAGAGUAGUGAGAAAGAAAACCUCUCUGAGGAUCCACAGGUGGAAACGGCCUCCAAGGCAGCCUCCACCUCCCCAAAGGGCUGCUCAACACUUUUUUUUUUGUCCACCUGUAUGCUUUCUUGAUAUUUUAUAGCUUUGUUGUUUAGUCGUUUAGUCGUGUCCGACUCUUCGUGACCCCAUGGACCAGAGCAUGCCAGGCAUUCCUGUCUUCCACUGCCUCCCGCAGUUUGGUCAGUCUCAUGUUUGUAGCUUCGAGAACACUGUCCAACCAUCUCGUCCUCUGUCGUCCCCUUCUCCUUGUGCCCUCCAUCUUUCCCAACAUCAGGGUCUUUUCCAGGAAGUCUUUUCUUCUCAUGAGGUGGCCAAAGUAUUGGAGCCUCAGCUUCACGAUCUGUCCUUGCAGUGAGCACUCAGGGCUGAUUUCCUUAAGAAUGGAUACGUUUGAUCUUCUUGCAGUCCAUGGGACUCUCAAGAGUCUAUAAGCUAUUUUAUAGCUUAACAAAGCUAAUAUAGUAGGAGGGCCAGAGGUGUAGCGCUUUGGCAAAGCUGGUGACUUGUGAGUUCUUCACACAAGACACAAAUGUGGGUUCCUCCACAUCUUUAAGGUAAAUGUAAAAUCUGUCUUGGCUAGAAUGUAUAUUGACUUUGAAAUUGGCUCUUUUAAUUGGCACAAGAGAGGCUCAGAUGUGCAUUGGGCAUUCUACUCUAUGCCAGGGGUGGGAAACAUCUUCUGGCCAGUGGGCCGUAUGCUGACCUUGCGAGCAGAUGGGUGAGGCUGCCAGCCUGUCAGUUACUUGAUGUCAUUAUGAUGAUGGUUGGCAACUUCAAAAGAUGUUCGCUGUCAGCGCCAAUUAGCACUAAAAGCAACCCUUUUUGAAGGUGUGAUUGGAGUUGACAGAUGAUUGGAGCUGACAUCUUGCCUUCCAAAAAGCCUGCUGUGCCCAACUGUAGGUAUGAAUGGAUUCAAGGAACAAUCUGGAGGGCACUUUAAGCUCCCUGCAGCUGCCUCCUUCCUUGGCUUCAAAUACAACAUCAGGGCAGGUGGGCAUAGUUUGGUGGAAAUGGCCUCACCUGACAAAUGAGGAUCCAUGGCAGGCGUAAUUUGGCCCAUUGGCUAGAGGUUCCCCAUAGCUUGCUCUGUAGGUUCUGUAAAACUAGGUUCUGCUCUUUCCACAAAAUUAUUGUGAAUAAACAAAUGAUAUAAAGAAUGAUUAUGCAAGCAUUUAUCUAGCAAAAUGCUUUAAAAAAUCCCAGAAGAGAAUUGGGGAUUUUCACUUCGAAAGUGGGCACUUAAAUUCUGGACAUGGCCCCUGAAAUUAAUGUGGAAUACCACAUUUAUUCAUGGGUGAAUGAACAGCAACAAUUUUAGAAUUGAUGUAGGAGAAGAAGCCUCAUGCUGAAGCUAAGCAUGGUAGAUAAAGUGAAGUUAAAAUGUUGUUCCCCCUCAACCCAUGUAUUCAAAUUUUUGAAACCAAUCCUAAUUAUAUGUACGACUAUGAUGAUUCACGAAGCUACUGAAAUCAUGGAAGCCUCUUGUGUAAGCUUGGUGGGUAUGUACCACCAAGGGGUAUUCUUUGUAUUAAGUUGUUAGGCUACUACCCAGCUCUUCUCACUUUUCUUAUCUAGUAUCUUUAGACAAUGGUUCUUUGUCACAUUGAGCAGUGAUGGCUGUUUGAAUAGAGUGGCAUUGGUUUUAAGUAUGCUGUGUUGACAUGCUUUACCUAGGUCAGCUUGCCAAAAGGGUACAACAGAACAGGUUGUGACAUUAGUACAGCAGUUAUUCUGUAUUGUCCAAAACACUGAUUUCCUGAUACCGUUACUCAUCAGAUUAGUUUUUUAAUAGUUUCCUCGCUUUGCCUGACCCAUAAGAUUGCACCCUGAUUAUAUGUCUGAAUCCUCAGAUUUUCUGCUCUAUUCACUUUAUAUGAUUUUAUAUUGCUGUUUUAUAUUGUGUAUUAUUAUUAUUAUUGAUCAGUUUGCCACCCUGGACUUCUUCAGAAAGAAAGGCAUGACAUAAAUGCAACUAAUAGGGAGCUUGCUUUUUAGAUUGUACUUUAGAGAUUUUGCCCUGCUAUGUUUAAUACAAUGUAUGUGGAAAUAUGUUGCAGAUGUUUGAAGCAUUCAGCUGUAAAUGCACACUGAAGACACGUGUAGGUUUGCCAGUAUACCUAUAAAUUCUAGAAACAAAUUUUGUAUCAUACAACCUUAUUGAUAAGAGCAAACUCGAGACUUUCUCCAAUGCUGAUUAUAUUUAAUUGGAUUGAGGAUGAUGUGUCUGUGGAACAAAAGCCUUUUGUCAAAAUUUUGCUGAUUGUAGUUAGAGUAGUGUAGGUCUGAAAAUGGAAGGGCUCUCAAUCCCCAUAUAGACGGGACUGGCUAUUGAAAUCUUCAAUUAGCAGAAAAUGAUGAAUUGGCUAAUCUGGUUUAUUAGAGGUAUUUUCCACAGUACAAAAUUUUCUGAGAGGUGACUGUUUUGUGAAAUAGUGUAAUAUGAAUUUUAUUUGAAAUAAAUUGAAUUAUGUAGCUUUGUAUUUAUGAAUAAAUGAGCUUAAAAAAUUAAGAGGUUUUUCUAAAAAAAAAAUAAUGCAGCAGAACUCUCAUCUCUUUGAUAAGCCUGUCCUUUUAUAUUGACUGCUGGUUCCAUGGUAAAGCUGGUCUACUUGUUGUUGACAGUUUAUUGCCUGUAAAUGGGGCUGUCCAUCAGUGUAUCAGCCAGCCAGCCAUGCUACAUGAUACCUUAUUCCUCCAAAUUUCCCCCUACAGUCAGUAUUCUGUGGCCACAGAACACACUUUGUUCUCAUUGGGUUAUAUUUGUGUUUCUUCCUAGCAUUUCCCCCUUAAAAUUGUACUUUUGCAAACUUUGGGGUUUCUCCAAGCCUGCUGGUACCUCUUCCUUCUAUGUGAAUGAUGUUUGGCUGUAUAAGUAGCAGCAUUCACAGAAAUAGUGGAAGUGAUUAUGCAUUAGCAACAUUUAUUUAUAAAAAUACUUACUGUAAUAUCAUAAAAAAUAUCAAGGCAGUGUACAACAAUAUAUAUAAAAAUGAUGUUCACUGCUUUGAUAGAUAUAGAUAUAAACACCAGAAUGAGUCAAUGCAUUGAGAAUCCUAGCAAAAAAAGGGCAUUUCCUUAACUUUUAGCUAAUUUUUACUAGAAUAUUGUCUAAAACUACCAUAAACAAAUCGGCUUAGCCUCAUCCAGACCCUGCUUAUUCUAAAUGAUAGCGAUACUUUCCUUUGUGAUUUACAAGAUGAGCUGUUUAGCUGUCUAGACAAAUAACCACGGUAGCUGCUUUUUCUGUAACAGUGACCUACUUGCUUAUACUGUAAAACUAAUCAGCUUUGACAGUAACCCCAGAAAAUUUCCUUCUUAGGUUGUUUCAACAUGGCUGCAGUUUUUUCCCUCCUUAAAGAAAACCCUUUUGUUUUUUAAAAAAUUAAGCUAAGAACCUGUUAGACAUCAUAAAAAUCCUACACAUCUUGUAGGAAAGUUUAUAAUGAGAACCACAAUUGAACUACUGGAAUAUAAAAAAGGCUUACAUGCAGGGGUAGGGUGUGGUGUCCUAAUGUCAUUAAUCAUUUGUACACUUCCAUCUUUAUCCUUGAAUGAAGACAAACAUUAUUGUCUCACUAAACCAGCAAUUACCUAUCAUUAUGACCAGUUUUUACCGUAAUCUAUUCUGUGUUCAUUACCUUUUGUUUUUAUGUCUUGUCCCUAUAGAGCAUUCAGUAAAAUUGGAAGCUUGCUGUUAUUAGGCAUUUGGGUGCUACCAUGAUAAAAGUAUAGGUUUUUUAUUUUGCCUUUAAUUCAGAUUGAAAAUGGUGGGAAGAAUUUUUUUAAAAAAAGUUUCAGCCAGGGCUGUCAGCAGGGCAUUAUUUUCUAAAUAAGUGCUGUAUUUCUUUUCAUCUAAAAAGUUCCUUCCGUCUAAAAUAACAAUUCAAAAGACUUCCUUUUUAAAUUUAUGUAACUAAAUAGAGCUGUACAGUUGCACCCUGGCUGACAAACGCCUUGUGACUCGGAACGUUUUGGCUCCUGAACGCUGCAAACCCGGAAGUGAUUGUUCUGGUUUGCGAAUGUUCUUUGGAACCCAAAUGUCCGUCACGGCUUGGAUUACAAACAUUUUGGAAGGCGAAUGGACUUCGGGAACGGAUUCCGUUCGACUUCUGAGGUACGACUGUAUUAGGAUUGUGUGACAGACAUGUUAGCAAAAAUAUAUUGACUGGAUCCUAGUGAACUAGUUCUACAACUCAUGGUCAGCUUGGCAGCUUAAACCAGAGUUAAACAAAGCCAAAGUUUCCUUCCCUACCAGACGAAGCAACAGUUUAACAUGUAAUGUGUACAUAGCUUAAUGAAUUGACACCAUGGUACCAUCCAUUAGAUUUACUCAAACCUGUCCCCUGAACUGGGACAAGGGAUAUUCCUGUCACUGUUGCAUGCACCAUUAGGGCUCCAUCCAGUAGGAUUCAGUUGCAUAGGGGGAUAGGAAGUUGCCUUAUGCAGAGUGUGACCAUUAAUCUAUCUAACUCUGUAUUGUCUACACUGACUGGCAGUUGCUCUCCAGGAUUUCUGACACAAUUCCUUCCCAGCCCUACCUGGAGAUGCUUGAGAUUGAACCUUAGACCUUCUGUACGCAAAGCUGGUGUUCUGUUCUUUCCUGCACUGCAAUGAGUAACGAGGAAUUUCUAAACUGGAAAUGCUAAGCUUCUGUUUAGGGUUCAGCAAUGAGAAAUGGAAGUCUUGUGCAACAUGUUUGCAGUGUUUACUUGUACCCUACUUUCAGCCCGAAACAGGACUCCAAGGCAGCAAUGUUCAAGAAAGAUUUGAACUGAAAAGGCUGUUUCUAUAAGUUAAAGGUCAAAUUGGGGGAAAAGAAAUCGGUGAACAGCUCUCCAUAAGCUGGACCUUUUUCUCUCCAAACACUUUCUGUUACCUGAAGUUCAUUGCUAAAUGAGUGCAUAGAAAGCAUAGCAGAGGCAUAUUCUGUUAAGAGAAUUUUGCUUAAUCCUUUAAGUCAUCUCCAUCUUUGUGUCUGUAACAUGAACAUUUUUAAGCAAGAUGUACUGAGUUGAUGAUAAGUGUACACAAAUAGUUAAGCUACAUGAAAAAAUAACACCCCGAGAAUUCAAGAGGAUGAGAUAUUAAAACAGAAUACAGUGGUACCUCUAGUUACGAACUUAAUUCAUUCCGGGGUCUGUUCUUAACCUGAAACUGUUCUUAACUAGAGGCAUGCUUGCUGCCACUGCGCCACCGGCACAUGAUUUCCAUUCUUAUCCUGGGACAAAGUUUUCAACUCAAGGUAACUCUUCCAGGUUAGCGGAGUUUGUAACCUGAAGCGUUUGUAACCUGAGGCGUUUGUAACUCGAGGUACCACAGUAUGCCGACAUAUUUGGCACAUGGGCGCAUUUGCAAACUGCAGAAGCUGCAAUCACACUCGCUGCAACAAAGCACACACCACAUCCUAUUUUCUGCUGUUAGAAUGCUUCUUUAAAGCCAGAUUUUAGCAGAAGGUGAGGCAUCUGUGUCUGCAUGUGUACCCAGAGCUGCUACACUGGCGACUUCUGAGAUGCUUCUUGCCCAUGUGUGUUGCUGUAUUUAUUGGUAAAAGGGACAUAGCUGUUCGGUAUCAAGUUCUCUGGUUUGUUAGGAAAGCACUUCCCUGUUUCACCUUCCACCCUUUUAAAGACUGCUUUCACGUGAUUCAAAAGGGACAUACUCAGUGUGGAUGAACUCUGCAACUUUUGAAUAGGAGGCUGUGAUGGAUACACUGCAAAUACACUUUGGUUCAUCACAUAAAAUAUCCUAUGGAGGCAGGUUUUGUUUAUUACCUUACUACUGAAAGAGAGAGAGAAUAUAGAGAGAACUUGCUCUGUAUCUUUCAGAGCGCCCUGUAGCUGACAACGAGCGCAUGUUGGAUCUUCUGCAGCGCCAUGGAAUCCAGAGAAAUGAAGUUAGGUUCUUUCUUCGCCAUGAGCGGUCUCCUAAUCGAGAAGCAGGUGAGUGUUAAUUCUACUUUUUUGAGUUCAAGCCCAGUGUGAAACUUUGGAGAGGGUGCAGUGGCUCUUCAUGCAAGUUCCUUUAACCUAAAUUAGGGGUGGGGAACUGGGUUUGACUGGCGUGCAGGAUCCUGAGGCUCCUGAAGCUCCACAGGCCCUUUUGACAGGUGGGACAUGACACGAGACGAAGCAUUUACCAUCAUGGUUUGAAAUCACACUGACCGGGCAAAUACGCAAGGCUUUGCUGAUGCUACUAAUGGGUGUUGCUUGCAAACCUGCUUUCGACAGGGAGUUAUGUAAUUACCUACCUCACACCCGACAUAGUCUUGGCCUUAAUUAGGCCUACUGGCUGGAGACUCCCCACUGGUGGCUUAGAUGUAUUGGAUACCCAGCUGUGUGGAAGGCAGAAGUACAGCAGAAUGUAAAGCUCCCAGGAUUGUGUGAUGGAAAUCUCCUUUUAGAGGCACAUUAAUGCUUUUGCCAACUGGAUAAAUGUUGCAUUCCAUACUUGCUUCUUGUUGAAUUCAGUGAUGCAGUGAUUUCAGAAACCACAAUUUCUUUUUCUUAAUUCAUGUCUAUUCUUCAUGUUCUUUACUGAUUAAUCAGGAAGCCCCUUUGGCUGUUUUGGUUGGCUGGGACAUGUGUUUGAAUUUUUGUCACAAUUGCAAGCUAGCUAUGGUGCAAUGAAGCUAAAGGGUCCCUGUUUCACAGACCAGUCCCUGUUUCACAGACCAGCUUAAAAGCUGAGUUCAUGCAAACCAUUUAUUUGGCCUGCUGCUAUUUUUUAAAAUAUAUAUAACUUGUCCACUUUAAUUUUCAUGAAAAAGGUACCUCUUGUUUCUCUUCUCUUGUCCCCUGCAUAUCUGACAAGGUUAAUACAUUUAUUGCACAGGCAGCAUUUUGUAUGGCAGGGCUGCUGUUGCGCUUACAUUGAUUUUCAAGUGUUGUUGGAUGACUUUGUACCAAGUCUGAAACUGCAAACCUGCUUGUUUCUUCAUUUCCUCCUCCCAACCUUGUAGAGAGGUAGUUUAUAUUAAAAGCAUUCUUCUUUUUUUAAAAAAACUACUUACCUCCCCCCCCCCCCCACUUCAUACUUAAAAGGGAGCGGACCAAGAGUGCAAGAUCCAGGCUUGAAGAGAAAUGGUGUAAAAAUGCCCGGUGAGCGGAGAAUAGAGAAUGGAGUAAGUAUUUAGCAUAAAACUACUUAAAUGCAAUCAAGGAAAUAAUUUCCUUUUGGUUUACAAAUUUAUUUUUUCUCCAGAACACCUAAUUAUUAAAUUAGAAAUAUUUAUAUGACUUCCACGGUCAGUUCUUAUAUUAGUUAAUAGGUUCAAUCACAGAAUACUACCUGGUCUCUGAAGGGAUUUCACUUUGUGAUGAGAUCUCUCUGUAUUUUGUUACUAUUUUUUGAAGAAAAGCUUGUAAAUUCUCCUUAUGUGAAGUCUAGAUUGAGGAAUCUCAAACUGGCUGCAAAAAGCAGGAGGCGGGGAGCCCUCUUGCCAGUUAGAAAUAUGUGACCAGUCUGCUCUGUAUUUGUUUGGGGGGGGGGGGGGAGCCUCAGCAGAACAGGCUGAGUGUUUUGCCCAAGGUUUCAUGUUCCAAGCCUCCCAAGAAGUGAUGUGGGAACCAGUUGCUUUAAUAGCCACUGUGUAGUAUAAAGUGUGAGGCUUCCUGACAUUACUGGUAUCAGUUCAACCUUUUCAAAAGCCCACAGAAGUCACCAAUCCUCAAAGUAUUUACUAGCCUGUCAAGAAGUCAGUAGCUGGCAUUUCCUUGCUGGCCGCAAAGAAAAGAAGCUAGCUCCUUCACAACCAGCAUGGAAAUUCAAGCUCCUGGGCUCUUAACAGGUAAAAAUUAAAAAAAAGGUGCCUUCUGACAUUGGGAGCUGGCAGGGAUGUGAUGACGUGUCCCUCCUCUACCUGCCUGCACUCUCAUUUUCAUGGUAUUCCUGGUCACCUAUGGUCACAAAGUUGUUUAUGGCUACCUGGCAAAUUGUAUCUUAGGAAUUGAGAAAAUGGUCCUUAAUUUUAAAAAGUUAGAAGUUUAACAUAUUUAGACUAUGUGAGAGGGGUGGGAUAGACAUGUGUCAAAAAGAGGUUCAAAGAUUCUCUCAAGGCAAAUCUAAAAAAAAGUAGUAUAAAUACCGACAACUGGGAAACACUGGCCUGCGAGCGCUCCAAUUGGAGAACAGCCUUUACCAAAGGUGUCUUGGGUUUUGAAGAUGCCUGAACUCAGGACGAAAGGGAGAAACACACUAAGAUGAAGGCACACUUGGCAAAUCCUCACCAUGAUCAACUCCUGUCCAGAAACCUAUGUCUCCACUGUGGAAGGACGUGUGGAUCCAGAAUCAGCCUUCACAGUCACUUAGGGACUCAUUGUUAAAACCGUGCUUAUGGAAGACAAUAUUCCUUGGCAAAGAAGAAGAAGAGACAUGUGCCCAGUAUAAUGAUGUUCUUCGAACCUUUGCUGGAUAGGUUUUUCUUGAUGCUCACCAUGUUUGGGAUCUGAAAAAAUUGUCUUUCGCACUCCAAAAUCAGUUCCUAUGUGUUUGUGUUGUGUCAUUGCCUGAACCCCGCUACAGCAUGUAGCUUGACUCUGUUGUUGGGGUUGUGCACCUGCUUCUGACUUGUGGUGCUCUGUGGAUCAGGAUGGAGCAAAUUGAUGUCUGGAUUCUAUUAGUUUGAGUUGGAGGUUGAACAUAGAUGACCCCUGUGUACCUUCUGGUUUGGUGAUUGUCCAGAAUGCACUGGAACAAAAGUAUGCUAGUAGCCUGUUUAUAUCUUCUUCAGUAGUCCUUGCUUUUUACCUUCCACCAUGUCUCCAAAAUGGUGCAGCAAUCAGGCCUUUAAUUCUGAAGCCAGAUGGGCAAUGUACUAUAUAGACUUCAGCACAAUAGUACGCUUAUACCAAACUCUUACAUAUUUAUAUAUAUUUAAUUACUGAAGGUCAAUGCUCCUCGGAUGGAUAUGACUCUAGCUGAAUUGCAGGAAAUGGCAUCACGUCAACAGCAACAAAUAGAGGCCCAACAGCAAAUGCUGGCUAACAAGGUUUGUUGAAAUAAGUUUCCCCCCUGUAAAAAUUACCUAUGAAUAAAAAAGUAUGAGAAAAGCAGCUUCUAAAAAAUGUGAAUUUUGUAAAGCGCUAAAUAUUAAAAGUGGCAUCCUUGGAUUUCUUAAAACAGACUGUUUUGGGGGCAAACAAGUUAGUUACUGUGGACUGAGUGCUGUGCCUUAAUUUGGCCAUGACCACCUUCAGUGCCAAAUGUUAUGUGUUCUUUUUGAAUAUAUCAUAUAUGUGUUAGGAAAUCCUGUGGUUUCCUGAAAAGUUGCUAGAGUUCUGAACUGGGAAGAUCGGUUAUUGAAGGCAUGCGUUUCUAAAAGAGGGUUUGCUCACCAAAUUGAGGGCCAAAUAAAAUGUUGCUGGGGGAUUUAAGUUGAAGACCUAAGCUCUUUUUAAAAAGAGAAUUGCAGUGUUUUUGUCUCCAGCCUUUUCCUUGGAAGCCAUUUUUAAUGAUAUAAAUUGCUGUGGCUGGAGGAAGAUAUGGAAACCCUAAACUAUUUGUUUAGCUUUGUACACUCAUCUUCCUUUAGUUUAGUUGGGUUUUUAAAUAUUUUUAGUAAUUAUGUGAACUGCAGUGCUUAUUAUUGUAAUGCACAAUGCAUAAGGUGAAGUAGGUUUUCUCUGCUCUAGAAAUCAUAUGUCAUUAGUAUAACACAAUUAAAUAGCUUAAUCACAAUGAGCAUAAUGCUUGUUCUGUUGACUUGUAGGAGCAGCGGUUAAAAUUUCUGAAACAGCAGGACCAACGGCAGCAACAACAAGCUGCAGAGCAGGAAAAACUCAAAAGAUUAAAAGAAAUUGCUGAGAAUCAGGAAGCCAAGUUGAAGAAAGUGAGAGCUCUCAAAGGUCAUGUGGAACAAAAACGGCUCAGUAAUGGGAAGCUAGGUGAGUUGCUAGAGGUUUUUUGGAUAACUGGUUUAUAACGUCUGUUUCAAGUUAGUGUUCAGAUGUUCCUACCUAGAAUUGUUUAGAUAUUGGCUGUAUUCUCAUAUAAUGUUGGGUCAUGGUUUAUUCAACAAUUGAGUUGUCUCACAGACAAGCAAACAAGCAAGCCAUGGCACGUUUCUCCAAAGCAUGGUUUGUUUUCCAGCUACUCUUGCCUCAUGCCUCUGUAGCUUGGUGAGUAUCUAGAGUGGGGUGGGCAAACAAACCAUGGUUAAGCAAGGCUUUGUAUUGAGGCAUAAUGCUAAAACACAGUUAAAACAAGCCAUGGUUUUUUAAACCAACAACAAACUUGCAGUGUGGCAGACCUUGCCUUGUAGAACUGCCUGCCUCUAGAGGUUUGGUUGGCCUGCCUGUCUUUAGACAUCCUCUGAAAACUCUUGUCUAGACAGUUCAGUGUGAUUUCCACAUUUUAACCAACCAGUAUCCACUGAUGUUUUCUCGGUGUUUUUAAAUGACAUUUUUAUUGAUACUUUGACUGAUUUUAUUAUAUUUGUAUGUAGUAAGCCACCUUGAUAAAAUUUUUGAAAGUGAAGAUGAUAAAUAUUUCAAUAAACAGACAAAGAAUAUUGAUACUGAUAUUCUCCCUUGCUUUGAUAUGGUACAUUUUGCAAGUGUAUCUUCCCAACGCUGAAUUUUUCUUGUUCCUCCCCAGGCUGUUUCAAUGCAGCAAAAGUGUACUGUAAAUGAAUUCAGAGGCAUACAGUCCAAUAUCAUUUUAUAGCUCCCUUACCUAGCAGAAAAUUGCUUCAAUUCAAACUCUGUGUGGCACUACCUUCUUCAGAUCCUAGAACAAAAUCUCUCAAAUUUGUUCAGGGCUUAAAUAAUGCACAUCUACCUGUCUUCUCCCCCCCCCCCCCCACAAAAGAGUGAAAAUGUUUUUUGAUGAAAAAAUAGUGCCCAGAAGACCUUUCUUCUGAUAAAUAAACUAUAUAAAUUCUGAAGCUGAUAACUUGAUAGCUUGAUCAGCUGCCUAGCUUCUGAUUGGUGUAACCUUCUUUGAGCUUCUGGUCAUAUCUUCCCCAUUAGCAGCUGCCUUGGAAGCAGCCAACAUUUGGUCAUCUCUCAGCAACAGCCAUUGUGUUCUGUCUUCUUCCUCUACAGUGGAGGAGAUUGAGCAGAUGAACAGUUUGUUCCAGCAAAAACAACGAGAGCUGGUACUGGCUGUGUCAAAGGUAGAGGAACUUACUAGGCAGUUGGAGAUGCUGAAGAAUGGCCGGAUUGAUGGUUACCAUGACAACCAGUCAGCUGUCGCUGAGCUUGACCGACUGUACAAGGAGCUUCAGGUAACUGCAAGACUGCUCUACAGACCUGGAGUAAGGGAGGCGGGCAGGUCACACAUUGCCUUGCGAAGGAAUUUGCUUUCACCUCUUGUCUCUGACAAAGCCAGAAUUGUCCAACCUGCUUAACAGUCAGCAUAGUUUGUGUCUUCUGUAUUAUUCUCAGUGUCGAUUAUUGUCUACCUGACGCACUUGUGUACAGAAGCAAAGCCCACCUAGAACUUCCAUGCGGGCUCCUACCCUUUCAGAACUUUUUUUUUUUAAAUAUAAAAAAAUAGUUUCGUGCUUCACGGCAACCACCCUGGAAGUUAUUUAUUUUGCAUUCCUAAUUUCCCCUCCUGAAUGCAUUCAGCUGAGGAACAAACUGAACCAGGAGCAGAAUGCCAAGCUGCAGCAACAGAGGGACUCUUUAAACAAACGCAACUCAGAGGUGGCAGUUAUGGAUAAGCGUGUUAAUGAGCUGAGGGAACGGCUGUGGAAGAAGAAGGCUGCGCUGCAGCAAAAGGAGAAUGUCCCGGUGAGUGCCAGGCGCCCCCCCCAACCCCCACAAAAAUGCUACUCUUAACACUGAAGUAUUUGCCGAGAAGUAUUUGGUGAGAAGUUGCUGAGAAGCUUUGUGUCUGCCAUAUCCCUAACAUUUUCAUUGUAGCAUGAAAACCGCUUUAAAUAAUACAUUAGCAUUAACCUAUUUAGUCCUUUAUAAAGGGAAGAGCGGUUCCCACACCUUUAGUGCUUUCUUUCCACGAAAGAAAAUAUAUUGUGUAUACAGAGCCUAUACUGUGUGUGUGUGUGUGUAUGUAUGUAUGUAUGUAUGUGUGUGUUCCUGGGGGGGGGGGAGAUUCCCCAAAAGAUGGAUUGUAUGGAUUGCUUAAUUAUUUCUUAAAUCUUGAUGCAUCUUGUGUAGGUGUCUCCAGAUGGGAAUCAGCCACAGCCAGUGGUAUCUACUCCAAGUAGAGUGGCAGCUGUUGGUCCUUACAUCCAGUCUUCCACCAUGCCACGCAUUGCCUCAAGGAAUGAACUUUUAGUCAAACCAGUCUACCCUGAUGGAACUUCAGCCUUGCAAGCCCUUGAUGGUCCAUUGAAAACGCAGACUCUCCCAAACAUGAGAGCUGGGAUUCUUUCACAAGUGAAAGCUCCUGGAGGUAACUAUAUAUAUAUAUCAUUAUUAUUUUCUUCCGGUUUUUAUUAAUGCAACGUGUGCUGGUGUUUCCUGUUGUCGCCUGGUCCAUAUUUUUUUAAUCCUUCUGAUGCAGAACUUGCUAAGUAUAGCAUUUAGCCAUCUAUGUUUAAUUUAGCUGUUUGAAAGGAACAUUUUUCUUGAAGUAACUAAUCUUUUCUCUCUCUGUUUCCUCUAAUCAUCUUAACUAGGUGAGGGGCAGUGCAUUCUGUAUGGUAGUUUCAAGAAUAAAUGAAAUCAUAAAUGCUAAACAGUGAUCAUUUAGACAUAUAUUCAAAACACUCACUGCUCAACAAGAUUUUUUUUUAAUCUCAGCAUUAGUUCCAUUUAUAUCAUAUGGCAAUAUCCCAUGUUUCUGGCAUUAGUGUUUAAGCAUAAUCCUGAAAAUAAGGAUUUUAUUGGAUAAUGCUGUAUUUGUAAAUUGUAAAUAUUAGAAGCAAGUUGGUUAUCCAGAAGAAGAGGCACUGUAUAGUUAAUUCUUCUUUGUAUGGUAUUCUUGCUUUGUCUUCAGUGAGCAAGAGUGUUUAUGGAUUUCAAUCUUGCUAUUAAAAACACUUUGAGAACAUAUUUUUUGUGAAGUGCUUAUGAAAGUUGUACAAAAUACUCAUGUCCCAAUAUGUACAACUGUUAAAAGAAGACUGUACAUGUCUUUGAAAUGUUAUUUUUGGAUGAGCUUGAGCUGUUUGGUGUUUUAUCCUAGUUUUAAAGUUACAUAUUUUAAUUAUAGCAUAGAAAUAGGAUGCAUUAAUUUUAAAUUGUGCAUUCUCUCCCUGCCUCUCUCUCAGUAGUCCAUUUGCUCAAGCAGUGCUAAGUGUUCUGUGAAAACUGCCUUGUUAUUAAGCCUGUGAGAUUUGUGAAUGUUAGGCUUGCGUUAGGGGAGAUUUAAUUCACAUUCCUCUCUAUCUAUGAAUUCAUGUGAGUGGUCUUCAGUGAAUUAAGCCUGUUUUAGCGUUCUCCAUCUGCAAGAAAAAGGAAUUACGACUUUCACUUAGUUAUUGUUACAAGGAUGAUAGAUAGCUACUGAGUGUUGUAACGCAAUGCAUUUUUGUAUAAAGGCUACAGCUGCUGCUCCAGAAAUUAAGAGAUCAUAUGGAGGCGCCAGAUUUGUUGAUAGCCGAUUAUAAAUAUCAGUUAUCAACAGAGUUCUUGUUAUGAAUUUGUACUGAUUUUUAAAAGCAAGUUGUGCUUACCAAUACAUAAACCGAGUUUCCAUUUCCGUAAGUUAAUUCCUUUAUCUGGGUACUUGUAGGCAGUAUCCCUACAAGCUGUGUAAUGCUACCAGACCUCACAAUCAGUGUAGUCCUUGGUGUUUUCACAGUUCUUUGGAUAUUGGAAAUAAUCCCCUGAUUGUACACCACUGUGCUUGACUUGCUUCUAAUAACGAUACUCCUUUCAACAGCAGAGCCCAGUUAACACCAGAGAAUCCUGAUUUGUCAUAAUCAGCUAAGCUCAGUCUAUAUCUUUUGUAUCUGGAACAUAAAUGUGAUUCUUCUGUUCUUGAACUAGCAUUAUUUAUUUUCCUCUACUGUCACUGUUUCUGGGGAAAAUGCUAACUCAAAUUGUGCUAAUAAUUUAAUACUGUAACCGUAAUUAACAAAUGGGCAAAAGCUAAUAGGUCCAGUGGAACAUGUCUCCAGCCACACCUAUUUCUGACUCCUUGAGUGCUUUUGCCUGGGUAGACUGGGCCAUUGAUAUGUGACAAUGCCUCUUGCUUGCCUGGAUGAAGAGAUAAUGUGCAUGUAUGUGUAGUGUGCCUUGUAUUCUGGAGAAGGGGUCCCGUCCCCCCAUUUUCCUUCUCCUUAUUUUCUCUGUUUCCUUUUACUCCAGGUACUACACCUGCUGGUUCAAAACCUCCACUCGCUAUCAGUGACUGGAAUAAUGCGAGCGCUGGCCAUGUUAUCAGCCAAGGACUAACUUCCAUGGUGACCAAAGCCAACAGUAGCAACGAAGUGCAAGGUAGGUCUGUUUUUGUGGGUGUUUCUGCCUCUUUCCAAAUUAAGCAGAGUAUAUCUUUGUAACCCUAAUGUUACAUAGUGUACUUUAGAGAGGAUUAACUGCCUGUCACAAAGGUUAUUUGCUCUUAUUCUGGGUUGGGGUGGCUUCUCUCUCCCAGAAUCUUGCUGGUGUGCUUAGUCCAGGGGUCAGCAAACUUUUUCAGCAGGGGGCUGGUCCACUGUCCCUCAGACCUUGUGGGGGGCCGGACUAUAUUUUGAAAAAUAAAUAAAUAAAUAAAUAAAUAAAUUCAUAUGCCCCACAAAUAACCCAGAGAUGCAUUUUAAAUAAAAGCACACAUUCUACUCAUGUAAAAACACACUGAUUCCUGGACUGUCCGCAGGCCAGAUUUAGAAGGCAAUUGGGCCAGAUCCGGCCCCUGGGCCUUAGUUUGCCUACCCAUGAGUCAGCUCAGAUGCUUCUCUUCAUUUCAGUAGCUCAGGUGGUGGAAUGGUUAACCUAAUUUCCUAAUGGAGCUGUGACAGUUCUCUGUUGAUCCCUCUUCAGCUUAAUGUUUUGACCCUUAAAGUUGUAACAGGGCUGCUUGCAACAGAUGGCACUGGCUUCCAACUGGUCUGCUUUAUUCGUGGCUGAUAUUAUUAUAUGACACACACCUGGUCCAUUUCUUAUGAGAAGACAAGUGUCACUUCAUGCAGAAUCUUUUUAGCUUUUUUAAAAAAAGGUUUUAGUUUUUUUCAAAAGUAUUACAAAUGCUUACUUCAAAUCUAACCUUCCUUUUGUCUUUUUAGUUGGUGAGGGAGAUGUUCCUCUUAGAGAAAGGGAGAAAAAAGUACGCCCCUUUUCCAUGUUUGAUUCUGUUGACUCCAAUGGAGCUGUUGGAGUGCCUACAACAGGUACACUGAGAAAAAACCAGAGCAGCGAAGACCUCCUGCGAGACGGCCAGGUAUUUGGACGUCUAGUGCCUUUUGAGUUGCAAUCUGAAAGUGCUCUCCAAGCAUGCUUGAGAAGCGUCUAAAUCCAUGUGCUACUGUGAAGAGCGGUCAUGAAUUUAUGCUAAACGUCUCAGUCUCUUGUUAGCUAGUAUGAUCUGCUGGGCAUAAUUAAAAACUUGAUUUUAGAUGGGCCAAAGAUUCAGUGGGUUUUUUUGGCAUAUAAUAACCACUCCCUUCUGUUCUCAACCUGUAAAAACUAGGAUUGAUAACAACAACGAAAAAGGCUCCUUGACAGGCUGGCGGUUCCUUACAUGAUUGAGAAGGGAAAUUGUACCACCUGUCUACAGGGACAAGGGACGGAAAGUAAAUAUUUAAAAGAAGAUUGUAGAAAUAUGAGAGAACCCCAGUAGUGCAGUUAGGUAAUUUUAGUCUCUGGACUUAAUAGUCUUCACCGGGUGUAUCACUUUUUAUGGCAACGUGCAUUUAUUUUAAUUAACAAAUACCCCAUAACACAGUUCUCCAGGCAGUGUGUUAUCUGACCUGCUUCAAAAUGAAGCAUGUCAUUUGAGGGGGGUUGCUCCUGGUUUUUUUUUGUUUUUUUUAACUGUUCAUUAAGGCCCUGGACAUUUGCUAAAAGAUCUUCCCUGAUGGCGAUUUGGUGCAUCUCAUUUUAGUCUUCGGGUGGAGCCGAUGUCAGAUGCUGCCUCUUACAUAUCUGCUACCAACUUCAGAACUGAGAAAUAAUUGGAAAGUUAUCAAAAGUUAUAUUGGAAAUGGGAAAGUUAUACUGUGAAAGUGUACCUUCUUAAGCUAUACAAUUCAUGUUCAGGAUUAGAAGUUGGUAAUCUUAAUAAUUAUUCAUAAAGGAAACAGUUUAUAAGAAGUAAAUAAGGAGGCCAGAUACAGAAAGGAAGUCUUUUAUUUUGUUGUUUGUAUUGUUGUAUGUUAUGUUCACGUUUAACGAAGGUGAAUUUGUGUAUUGGGGGUGGGGGGCUUGUGUUGUAAAUAAAAUUCCAAUAAAAAUUUAAAAAUAAAAAAGGAGGUAGUAAUAACUUGGCGUAAGUAAAGGUAAAGUUACUCCUGACAGUUAGGUCCCGUCUCAGACGACUCUGGGGUUGUGCGCUCAUUUCGCUCUAUAGGCCGAGGGAGCUGGCGUUUGUCCGCAGACAGUUUCCAGGUCAUGUGGCCAGCAUGACUAAGCCGCUUCUAGCAUGACUAAGCCGCUUCUAGCGAAGCCAGAACAGCGCAUGGAAAUGCCAUUUACCUUCCCGCCUAUUUAUCUACUUGCACUUGACGUGCUUUCGAACUGCUAGGUGGGCAGGAGCUGGGACCGAACAAUGGGAGCUCACCCUGUCGCGGGGAUUCGAACCGCCGACCUCCUGAUCAGCAGGCCCUAGGCUCAGUGGUUUAGACCACAGCGCCACCCAUGCAAACUCGUGUGUCUUUGAUUUGCUGUUCUACAGCAGUUUGGCUUCUCCUUUGACCCCAUCACUCUUAGAAUAGAUUUUCUAUUUUCCUGACAAUUGUUUUCUCUUACAGACUGGCACUAAAAAUGUGGCAAAAGUGCCGCCACCUGUUCCCACCAAACCAAAACAGAUAAACUUACCUUACUUUGGCCAAGCUGGUCAGCUGCCUUCUCCACAUGUUAAGCCUGAUGGUAAUAUCCAGAAGCUGCCUCUGACAAUUGCUGCUGCAGGAAACAAGCAGAAGCCACCAACCCAGCUAACUCCACCAGCAUCUCAGCAGGCCCAGCAAAAGAUCUGUGUGUCUCCAAGUGGCCUUCCUGCUAAUCCGGACCUGACUCUUCUCAAGCAAGAGAGUCCUCCUGCGGCAGCUGUGAGGCCUUUCACCCCUCAGCCAGCCAAAGAGGCUCCCCCGCCACCUUUCCGAAAGCCGCAGACGGUUGCCGCAAGUUCAAUCUAUAGCAUGUACACAAAGCAGCAGACUCCUGGGAAGAACUUCCAACAGGCAGUGCAGAGUGCACUGACAAGGGCACAGACCAGAGGACCCCAUUUUCCAAGUGGUGAGCAUUUGGUUUCACUUUGCUUUUCCAAAGCAUGCCCUGCGUUACCGAGGAAACUUAGAUUCUCUAAAGGGGUGUUGGGCGGGGGGGGGGGGGGAGGAAGAGGCCACAGGAUGAGAAGUCACUGCGAACCCAAGUGAGAAUUCAAAGAGCCAGUAUGUCUUUAAAUAACCUGUUCUAGUUACACCAGUCAUAUUUUCGGUGGGAUCUAGAACAAGUUAGUGGUGCUUAAGCUCCUGAGAAGAUCAAUAUGGAAAGCUAGUAAAGUGGUAACGUAACAUUUCCUUCCUGAAGGGUUUACUCCCCCUCCCCAAUAACUAUACAAGUAAAAUGUCCAAAUUAAACUUAUAAGCGCAUACGGCGCUUUCAUAUACGUUCAUUCUGCUACAAUGAGGUAAUCAAUAUUGAUGUGUUGCUUUUCAUUUCAUAUUGAUUACACAAUAUAACAUAAAAAAUGUCAUUCCCUCUUAAUACUCAAGUGGGGGUGGUUUGUUUGUUUGUUUGAAAGAUGUGUGCUGUCAGGUGCAGAUCUGAGUGACCCCGUUUCUCCCAGAACUCUGCCGUGUAGCUCAGUGGGGGAGAAAUAACUGCCCUUCCUACACUUGUAUUGCUCAGAUUCAGGGAUUCCUGCCUUUUGAGCCUCUGUCAAAGAGCAUUCUAUAGUAUUCUGUAGUGUUACAUUGCUUCUCUUUAGGCCUAACACGACUCCAGCUGGAAUUGGAACGCUGUUGCCCAGUGCUAGGUUUAGGACUGACCAAAUAGUGAUGCCUCAGAGUACAAUGCUUAGGCUGGGAGAGCACCAUAUUUUUGUUGCAGGUCCCCUACUUCUACAUGCUUUUAAUCAUAUUUACCGUAUUUUUUGCACCACAACACUCACUUUUUUCCUUCUAGAAAGUAAGGGGAAAUGUCUGUGCGUGUUAUGGAGCGAAUGCCUACGGGUGCCGGGGGGGGGGGGGAUCUGCUGCAGUCGUGAGCAGAGGAUCCAUGGUUCCCCUUCCUUCCCUCCUCCAUGGCUCGCUUUGAAACAGCAAAGCGGGAGAGGAGCCGCUUACACAGGUGUAAGCGGCUCCUGUCUGGUUGGCUGCUUUAAACCGUGAUCUCUGUCCCUCUCUCCUCCCCACUCAGGUCACUAAAUAGCAGAAAAGCUUUUCAGCUCUCUAAGCCAGGGAGGAGGGAGAGAAGCAGAGCCUGCUUGUUUUAAAGGAGCAAAGCGGGAGAGGAGAGGAGCCUUCUCCCCUUAUACCCCUCUUCUGCAUUGAUAGCAGCAUCCUUCUCCACACACCCCACGCAUGCUCCUUGUCCCUUGAGUGCUUUUCCUUCCCUCCCCACUUAAAACGUGGUUACAAAACACAGAUCCACAUGGAUCCUCAGGAUUUUUGCAUUGGGCUACCCCAAACUCACCGUCAGAUCACAUGUCUGUGGCCACAGCAUGAACCACAAAAAUCAUACAUCCACUGUUUCAUUUAGAAUAUUUUUUUUCUUGUUUUCCUCCUCUAAAAACUAAGUGCGUGUUAUGGUCAGGUGCGUGUUACAGAGCGAAAAAUACGGUAUAUGAAAACCUUUUUGGUCAUAUUAGCAAUUUUGAUACAAACACGCUGGAUUUGUGUUGAUAAGUCUCAUGUUGAAAAGUCUCACCUGUGUAAUGUUUGUGCUCGUAGGUUUUGCAUUUCCCUGUUCUUGCUGCCAAACUAUUUACAGCUUCCUUUUUCUGAUUUGUUCCUCAGUGUAUGGAAAGCCAGUUAUUGCUGGAGCCGGUCCCCCAAAUCAACAGCAGCAGGCUGAGAAUAUUUAUUCAACUACUCAAGGCAAGCCAGGCAGUCCAGAACCUGAAAUGGAGACUACAGCUUCAGCCAGUGAAAAUAAUGAAACGGAGCGUAUUCCUCGUCCCCUCAGCCCAACAAAGCUGUUGCCUUUCUUGUCAAAUCCUUACAGAAAUCAAAGUGAUGCAGAUCUGGAAGCCCUUCGGAAGAAGCUAUCCAACGCCCCAAGACCACUGAAGAAGCGUAGUUCUAUUACUGAGCCAGAGGGUCCUAAUGGCCCCAAUAUUCAAAAGCUCUUGUACCAGAGAACAACUCUGGCUGCUAUGGAGACUAUCUCUGCCCCAUCCUACCCAUCGAAGCAAACUUCCGUAGCUGCCGCUGAAAACUCAGCGGAAAUCCCAAACCCUUAUUUAAGCACAGAAGUGGCCAAAGAGUUAGUUCCUCCUUCACCUGAGCCAACUAUUGAAGAAGAGGCAGAAACGCCAAAUGCCGACCAGAACGCAGGGCCUCUUCCUCCGUCAGGCCUAGAGAGUGUUCCUGAGGGGAUUUCUGACGACGUCGCCCUCGCUCCGCCUGAAAUGGAAGAACCGAGUCUGGACGUUCCCUUGCCCAUAGACAUGUACAUGGAGGAGUACCCGCCCUACCCACCGCCUCCCUACCCUUCAGGAGAACCAGAGAGUUUGGGAGAGGACUCGUUCAGCAUGCAACCUCCCGAAGUCACGGGGCAGUUCUCUUUGCCACCUGUAAGUAAAAACAGUUCGUCUUGGUCGUUUUAGGCACUUAACACUGAGGUGGUAUAUUGUGAUGCUUCUCUGUAGACCAGGUGACGCAGGUCUGAUGAUUGCCCACCACACAUUGCCGUGACGCAUUAUCUUUUAAUUUUCAUUUGGUGGAAGCCCUGUUCCAACUCAAGUAAGGGAAAGAUGUGCUUCGCUGUGUCCAGUGAAUUGCUCUUCUUAUUGCAGAACAAGUUUUAAAUGUGAUUCUUCGAUACACCCAUGGUAGAAGCCGCUUUAUGUAGCAUCUCCUCUUGAAGCAGGUGCUAGGUUAAUAAUAUUGGAUAUCCUCAGUGAUGUUUCUGGGUCAUCUUGUUGGAAAUGCAAGCUACUAGGGAAUAGUAAAGGUGAGAACCCGAAAGCAUGCAAAUGAGCUUCUUCAUUCCUGCCCCUUUUCUUGCCAGCUUACACAUGGCAAGACAGUUUGCUCCCUCAGAACCUUAUUUGCUCCUGCAUCCCACAAUUAUUUUUGCCACCUCUGUCUCUUUGGCUGAAUAUUUGACUAUGUUCUGUUUGAGAUUCGUUCUGGUAUAGUCUUGUUAAUGGCGUCCCUUCGUGUGUUACAAGAAGGUUGAAGCACAAAAAUUUGUCAUAGACCAUUAGUUUGGAAUGGGACGCGGCUGGUGCUGUGGGUUAAGCCACUUUGCCUAGGACUUGCUGAUCAGAAGGGCGGAGGUUCGAAUCCCCGCAGCGGGGUGAGCUCCCGUUGCUCGGUCCCUGCUCAGUUCGAAAGCACGUCAAAGUGUAAGUAGAUAGGUACCGCUCCGGCGGGAAGGUAAACGGCAUUUCUGUGCGCUGCUCUGGCUCGCCAGAAGCGGCUUAGUCAUGCUGGCCACAUGACCCGGAAACUGUACGCCGGCUCCCUCGGCCAUUAAAGCGAGAUGAGUGCCGCAACCCCAGAGUCGGUCACGACUGGACCUAAUGGUCAGGGGUCCCUUUACGUUUUAUUAGUUUGGAGUAGAGGGGAAAGAUCUCCAAAUUCCACCUUGCUACACAAGUUUUCAUAGUCUAGGCUAGUUUGUUACCAGGGCCUGGACAUACUGGACAUUAAUAAUGCACUCCCAGAACGUGUUUUGCUUUGUGCCAGUUUUGAGUUGGUUGCCUGUGCAACUAGUAUCUUGUGAAAGGAGGCAUAGGUUGUUCGAAUUCUAGCCAUUAGGAUGUUUCAAAGUUUGGCAUUCUGUUGAUUCUAGAGUAGUUGAAGAGAAGACGACAUUGUGAGUCACGUCCUCCUCCCUUUUCACUAUGCGCUGAUGUCAGAUUUGUAAUGUAUUCAGGUGGCACAUGCAGUGCUCAUUGGCAGCUGUUGCCCCACCCUUUUCACACAAUGUGCCUUUGUCACAUAUCCUGUCUGUGUGCGUCGUGCUCAUACACAAGUCUCCGUUUCUUCUUUUUUACCCCACUUGGCAUCUCCCACACUUUUGGGCCAGCUUCAACAUUCAUUCUUCCCACAGUUUUUGCCCUGCUGCUUUAAAUCAUCUAGCAUGUUUUGGGACUGGAUAUAACUGCCCCUUGGAACUGCUAUUUGAGCUGUGCCAGCAUUAUGUUAAUAAGUAACCCCAGUCUAGCAACGUUGGUAUUGACUGGUAUUAAUUGUGUACUUAAACACACACACCAGUUUUUGCAAGAAAGUAGAUUCUGCAAAGAAGAGAAGAGUCACCCUCUCUCCUGUGGUGUGAAUUGAACAAAAAUAAACAUGGUUCUUUAUUAUCCUGACAUUUAAUAAAAUUUACAUAUGCCUCUGAAUAGUGUUUAUUGCUGCUUCUCAACCAGCUGGGGAUAUCUGGUUACGAAAUAAGUACUGAACACAGAAAUCCUGAGUCCCUUCCAACUUUUUGGUUCUGUGAUAGCGUGGCAGGAUCUGAGCUGUAUUUCAAGCAGCCAGGUCCCAAUGGGCACAGGGUCUAAAUCAGGGGUCAGCAAACUUUUUCAGCAGGGGGCCGGUCCACUGUCCCUCAGACCUUGUGGGAGGCUGGACUAUAUUUUGAAAAAAAUAUAUGAAUGAAUUCCUAUGCCCCACAAAUAACCCAGAGAUGCAUUUUAAAUAAAAGGACACAUUCUACUCAUGUAAAAACACGCUGAUUCCUGGACCAUCUGUGGGCCGGAUUUAGAAGGCGAUUGGGCCGGAUCCAGCCCCCGGGCCUUAGGUUGCCUACCCAUCGUCUAAAUGGAUCCCUUGACUCUUCCCUUUCCACCUCAAACCACAGUCAUUCUUCUUGGCCCCACCCCUUCAAACUAAAAGACAUUUUGAUGAAUAUGGCAAAGAAAAGCAUACAUGGUAACUUUUUAUUUGGCUUUGUUUGAUUGUGUGUAUUCACAUCUUUAUCCCUCUGCUUCUUCUCGGCACCCUUUGUACCUUGCUUCUGCUUUCCUCAUUCCAGCCAUAAUCUGGCAUAUAUCAGUUAGUAGAGCAUAAGACUCCUCAUCUCAGGGUUGUGGGUUCAAGCUCCAUGUUGGGCAAAAGAUUCCUUCAUUUGCAGGAGGUUGGACUAGAUGACCCUCAUGGUCCCUUCCAGGUCUACAGUUCUAUGAUUAUGGCAGCGACUCCCUAUUGUUCACAUUGCUGUGCUCCUCCCUUUCUCGAAACCACUUGUGUCUAGGACUCUAGGAGCACUGUUUGGACGUGGUUUACUGAUAACAAUGGUUACAUUUGGGAAAUAUUUCCGAGGGUGGAGUAUGCAAACUUCUUUUUAUCCAAUUGAGGCGUUUCUUUUUAUCAAAUUGAGAUUUUCAGCACAAUACUACUAUUGUUUAUUGUAAAUCAAAGCUUUUAGAUUCCCAAGGAGAUGGAAUUGUGCUAAUUGUAUCAGUUUUUAAUCAUUUUGCAUUUUUUUCCCCAUUGCAAAAAGCCCCUACAAACUAUUUUGCCGUCUUUUCCUCUCCAGGGCAAGAGGACCAAUUUGCGCAAAGUUGGCUCAGACAGGAUUGCUCAUGGAAUGCGAGUGAAAUUCAACCCCCUUGCUUUGCUUCUUGAUUCUUCUCUUGAAGGAGAAUUUGACCUUGUUCAGCGGAUCAUCUACGAGGUAUGAAUUCCAUGUUUCCCCAUAUUGAGGGCUAAAGCUGCAUGAAUUCUUGGUUACAGCCAUUCAAGAAACGGUAUAGGAGAGCUCCACGUUUGAACACUUUCAGAUGGUAGUAGAGUUACACCAACAAACUGGGAUGUAUGAAAAGGCACUGGGAUUAAUGGAAAUCUUAAACUUAGCACCCAGUGUCUCUUUUUCUCUCUCUACAGGUUGAAGAUCCCAGCUUGCCCAAUGAUGAGGGCAUCACUGCACUUCACAAUGCUGUGUGUGCUGGCCAUACAGAGAUCGUGAAAUUCCUGGUCCAGUUUGGUGUCAACGUAAAUGCUGCAGAUAGUGAUGGAUGGUAAGGACAAUUUUUGGCUUCUUAACAGAGCAUUCCAACCUGACGGUUCUUACGCUGUUCAGGUUAGCAUUCAGGUAUGACAAUCCCACUAAUAUUGCUGCUUUUCUUGUGUUUUUUGUUCCGUUUCCUGGAGGGGAGGAGUGGGCACCAGUCGGACAGAAUAGUUGGUGGUCUGAACAGCUCUGGAAUGAAGCUCUGGGUCAGACUUUUGUCUUCUGUCUAAACCAGUGUUUCCCCAACCCUUGGGUCUCCAGCUGUUUUUUCAGACUGCAAUUCCCAUCAUCCCUGACUGCUGGUCUUGCUAGCCAGGGCUGAUGGGAGUUGUAGUUCAAAAACAGCUGGAGACCCAAGGUUGGGGAAACACUGAAGGGAUGUUUGGGAUUAUAGAUGGCAAAAGUGUCUCUUCAAGUUGAAAUUGGAUAUUAUAGAAUGAAUGCGUGAAAGUGGGUGCCUAUUUUGGACAUUCGAAGUAGUUGUUGGUAAGAGGAAGUGAUGAAGCUUAUUGGUGGAGCAUCUGUAUUGCGUGCUGAAGGUUCAAGGCUCAAUCUCUUGCAUCUCCAGGUAGGGCUGAGAGAGAGAGAGCCAUAUUUGAAGCCCUGGAGAGCCUCUGCCUGUCAACAUAUAUAACACUGAGCUGUCCUAAGAAUCAGGAAUUCCUCCCCCGCCACCAAGCUUUAAUUUCCCUAUUUUUCACAUUUUAAUAGUCGAAGGCAGUCAGAACAUUCUGUCACUUUUGCUUCCUCCUUGCAAUCCCCAGGACCCCACUGCACUGUGCAGCAUCUUGCAAUAAUGUCCAAGUGUGCAAAUUCUUAGUGGAAUCGGGUGCUGCUGUUUUUGCCACAACCUACAGUGACCUGCAGACUGCGGCAGACAAGUGUGAAGAAAUGGAAGAAGGCUACACGCAGUGCUCCCAGUUUCUUUAUGGUAUGUACUAGUGUGGCGUUCCAGUUAAGACUGUUGGAUUAGAACUGCGGAGACCAGGGUUCAAGUGUGGCGUUCCAGUUAAGACUGUUGGAUUAGAACUGCGGAGACUCAGCUGUGGAGUUGACUGGCUUAGGGAAGGUUAAGAUAAACAGAGGGAUCUUCCUACUCUUGGUGAAAGCACUCCAAAGUAGGUGCAUGGUUUUUUUCUUAUGGAGAACGUUCCAUAAUAGUGGACAUCACAACAGAAAAGUCCUUUCUCCAGAUUCCCACUAAUCUGGAAUUGCUUUUAUGUGGUUUUCCUCCAUGGGUUUAGAAGCCAAAGAAUAAGGAUUGCUUCUGUUCCGAUUUCUGGAUCGAUCAAGCAUGUCAAGUCCCUGGCCUCUAGUAAUGUAGUUUACCAAAUAUAACCUUAGUUGGUUAAAAACAAAACAAAACAUUAUUUGGUCCUCUUUUGUUUUCUCAUAACUUCUCCAUGGACAACAAUUAUUGGUCUCUUCUUUAUUUUUUUAAGGUUACUACGUUUACUUUGGACAGUUUUUGGACACAAUUUUUUACUUUGUAGAAGCAAUAGCAACACAGAUGGUGUGCUAAUUGUUGCUGUUUUAGGAAGUCUUUUCACAUGCUUUCCAGAGAGGAGAUUCCCCCCUCCCCGCACUUUGUGUUUCUUUCUAGUUAGUGUAUUGCUCCAUUAAUUGGUUGGGAACUCUCUACAGCCUUUUGGAAAAGCUCUAUUAGGUUUACAACUAGCACAAAGAUUAGAAUGGUCUUACCUCUGUUUACACUUAAUGGAAAGACCACAGCAAACUGCAGUUCCCAUAAAAAAAGGUACCCCUGCCCAUACGGGCCAGUCUUGACAGACUCUAGGGUUGUGCGCUCAUCUCACUCUAGAGGCUGAGAGCCAGCGCUGUCCGCAGACACUUCCGGGUCACAUGGCCAGCGUGACGAAGCUGCUCUGGCGAACCGGCACCAGAGCAGCACACGGAAACACCAUUUACCUUCCCGCUAUAAAGCGGUACCUAUUUAUCUACUUGCACUUAAGGGUGCUUUCGAACUGCUAGGUGGGCAGGAGCUGGGACCGAACGACGGGAGCUCACCCCGCCGCGGGGAUUCGAACCGCCGACCAUGCGAUCGGCAAGUCCUAGGCGCUGAGGUUUUACCCACAGCGCCACCUGCGUCCCUAUUGGACGCAGUUCCCAUAUUGGAGUAUUAAAAUGAAGAAAUGUUUUGUUACGAAUCAGUUGCUUAGUACUCUCUUUCUGCAUUGCAGGAGUGCAAGAGAAAAUGGGAAUAAUGAACAAAGGAGUUGUGUAUGCUCUUUGGGAUUAUGAAGCUCAGAACGAUGACGAACUGUCCAUGAAAGGAGGAGACUGCAUGAUGGUUCUUCGCCGGGAAGAUGAAGAAGAAAUAGAGUGGUGGUGGGCACAGCUAAACGACAAAGAAGGAUAUGUGCCACGUAAUUUACUUGGGGUAAGUAAAAAUUAGCAUCAGAACCAUUGCAAAGUAUUUGUAACCAUUACUUGCACCAUUUGGCUUUAUAACUCGUCUGCCUGUUUGUAUCCACAUAAUAACCCUGUGAAGUAGGUUAGGAUGUAUCCCAUAAUGGCAGCAACACACUUGAAUUAUGAUCUUCCAAGCUUCAGGACUUCAAUACUGAUGGACUCUUGAUAUCUUUUCACUAGGGUGUUACAGGCUGAGGGUAUACUUCUCAAUCUUUUUGAGCAAAUGUCUGUUUCUUCUUGUGGUGCAAAAGUGCUCUGUAAUUAGCCAGUAAAAGAAACAGGGCUUUUGGAAGGCUUCCUAGUCAUGUGAUCUUACCUAGAAAGUUUCCUUCCUGCUUCUUCUGCUUAAAUCUUGGCAUGCUUGCAGAUUGAGGAGAGUUUUGCUUGUGUGUUUAUACAGGGUUUUUUGUUUUUUAAAAAAGUGGCUUCCUUGUAUUUUCUAAUCAUUUUGAGGACAAGUAAAAGUUUCAUAACAAGUUACAAGCUAUUCUUUACAGGGAGAACUGUGUUUUGAGUUCUUUUCUUUUCUUCAAUUUGCUGCCCUUGCAGCAAUGUGGCAAAUCUCUUCGGACUAUAUUUUCAAUUUAUAUCAUUCUGUGCCUCCACAAUACAGUAAAACAGUAGCAGAUGGACUUUGGCAUCACUUUAUUUCUAAGUCCUCUCUUUGUUAAUCUUUUUAUACACGUCUAGUAUCUCUGGUCUGGCAGAUAAUCCGUCAGUGCUGGUAGGGUCUUAACUUGUCUUGGUUUCAGCUGAUUGAUAUUUGAUUCCUGGCAGUGCUACAUCCUCAAAACAGAUAAUUCAUGUGUUCACAAACCUGAACAUUUUCAAAAGCCAGCUUUGAAGGAUUGGAAUCCUUGUUCUUUCAAAAUCAGCUUUAUAAACUGAAUCUCUUCUCAUCCUUGUAUUUGUCAGAAAUAUUGCUCUGUUGGUGCUUAUCUGUGCUUAAAAUGACUUGCACCAAACGUAUCUUUAGAACUCUUGAGAACAGUCUUCAAACACUAUUUCCCCCCCUUCAAACAACUGUUUCUAAUAUUGUGCAGAUAACAUGUUAGUGUUUUUAUAAAAUAUUUUGACAUUCUUGUUUUUCCAACCCAUAGUCCUCCCUGGUUAAGCCUUUUGCCUCAUUACUGAUUGAUAAUUUAAUAAUUCAGUAUGCCUUUUUCACAUCGGACAGUGAUCUGCUACUUUUAGCGUUGACUGUCACAUCAAGAGUUAGAAAUUAUCCUGUAAUACUGUUUUUUGAGGUUAUUGCUAGAUUAGGGAAGCAAACACACCAUAAAGCAUCGUAAUAAUGAAUUAUGGCUGCUGGAUGAAGGCCAUUGAAGUAGGGGUGUAUUUAUAGCAGUGUUGCCCCUGGGCAGAAGAGACCUGCUGCUCCCACCAUUUUUCUCCAUGCCAAGACAGGUGAGGGAGGAGGCUCAGGUGAGGGAAGGUUUGCUGUAUAUUGCAGGGCUGCCUCCUGAUUCUGUAGCUGUCUCUUCAGUAGCUGCUGCCCAGGCAUCUUGCUCACAUCCAAGCCAGUCUACCAGCCAUCCCUGCACUGCUGGUUGCAGCCUUUUUCUCUCCCCGGUUCAGGGCAAGGAAGGAGAUCCUACCACCCUAGACUCUUAUCUAUCCUAAUGGUGGCAGUGGGGCGACUCAAAGUAAAAUAAACCAAACAUGGCAAGGAGACUGGAGCUCAUAUGUCAGCCUGCCCAGACUGGAGCCCUAUUGCAUGCUCAUUGUCCAGAAAAACACCGCCAACCAGCCAAUCGGAUGGGGAUUCUGUUCACCAUCAUCAUCACCACCUCCUUCUCCCCAUACAGUUUUAUUCCCUUUUCUGUGCCAGCAAAAAAAGCAAAAGUCCUCUUGCACCAUCUGAAAGGAGGCUACAGUGCCCCAGAAUGCUUGCUGCUGCCUGUCCCCAUUGGCUGCCCUGGGGAGCUGCCCAGUUUGCCCUCCUGUUAAUACAUCUCUGCAUAGCAGCACUGCUGUUUUUUGUGCUAUAGCAAUAGACCAAAACAAAGUAAGGCACAAGGAACCCCUGCAAAAAACCAAACAAGCUUUAAAAUAAGAAAUGGGUUAUGCCCAUUUUAAUGCACUGUCUACUAAAGCAGUGGUUGACAGCUGAAAGUGGCCUGCAAAUGAGUCUCUUGCUGUUGUAUCAGUUUAUGCUUCUAGAAUGAUUGUCCAGGGCUAAAAGUCUCAAAACACUUCGCUUAAGAUCUCUGCAGAUAAGUGGAAGUGCCAGGCUGUACCAAUCGUGUGUUUUUUUUAAAUAAGCGCGCUGCCGCUAAGUUUUCGGGUCUUACAGUUAGCACAUGAUCUGCUCUUAGAGGGCUUGCCAGCCAAGCUACUUGUCCAUCACAGCAUUAAGGUGUGGGAUUUUGCUCUGAGAUCACAAUACAUUUGCUACUCCCAGCCCAACUGUGUAACAUUUUGGUUCCUGCCGUAGAGCUCCAAGAUACUAAACUAGUUUGGUAUUUGAAUGUCAGCUUUGCUUUAGUGCUUCCACUCACUGUUGAGCAUUCUUAGUGAAAUGCUCUAGCCAUUUUCAUGAAAUGAUUGAUAUUCUUGAGACGUUGAGUGACAUUCACUUCAAGAUACUUAGCCAACAGGAGGAUAGCAGUUUUAUUGUAUCUUCUUGGGAUUUCUCAUAACUGCUUUCCCAUUUGAUGCUGAUACGCAUUUCCGGAGUCCAGGUAAGCAUGCCCUACAAUCAGAGCAACUUAAUAGACAUGCCUGGAAAUGCCCUUCUCUGCAAAUGGAGGGUAAAAGGUAAUUGCAUCUAAUUGGUUUUGCCUGUGGCGUUUCUCCUGUGAUUUCAGCAGACCUCAGCUCCUGAGGAAGAAACUUUUUUUCUGCAUGGAGAAUAUGAGGGAAGCAAAGGAGAUGUGGUUUCUUAAAUUUCCCUUUGGGCUUGUGUCAACGACAUCAGCUUUCACCUUUUACAAAAACCUGUCACAAGGCAAAAACAUACUCCAGUCUCCCAGAUUCUCUGCAGAUGAAGUGCUUAGCUCCUAAGGCAAACCAAAAUUGUGCACUUCUGAGUGUGUUCAAGGAGUCUGUCCCAUGUACCAAGGACCAAAACAAGGGGGUAAGCAGCCAAUUUUGGACAGUAUCUAAUUUACACAUCCUGUCAGCACAAGGAUUUGCGCUUCUGCAAUGUACCCUUCCCCUCUGUUUUAGGGGUUUCUCCAACUGUCUGGAGCAGAUUUGGGGCGGCAUGCAUGUGGGAAAUUUGGCUGCGCAAAUGUAAAUCCGUGUGCUGAUGGGACAUGCUAUUUGGAUACUGUUCAUUGUUGUUAGUAUGGACUGUUCAACCCCACUUGGAUCAGUUGGCUCCAAGGUGGUCCAAAUGAAAUAAAAGGGACUGUGUGCAAGAGAACUUGAUGUAUGGCAUGCUGUUCUAAAUGUAGGUGAAAGGCGGCAGGUGGUAGAUUGUUCUGGGAAUGGGGAGAAGCCAAGGUGUCACAGCUUUUGAGAGAGAAGUUUUCAUUUUCCAUGUAGCUGUAACUGGAAGACUCUCUGAGUCACACUAUCAGAUCUUGAGAUGAGUUGCUGUUAUUAUGAGAGGUAUUUUGUGUUUUCAUUUUGUAUCUUUAUGCUGUAAAUCGGACUGUGAUCUUCGGAUGAAGGGUGGUACAUAAAAUUUAAUAAUACUGUACAGUGGUACCUCGGGUUAAGUACUUAAUUUGUUCCGGAGGUCCAUUCUUAACCUGAAACUGUUCUUAACCUGAAGCACCACUUUAGCUAAUGGGGCCUCCUGCUGUUGCCGUGCCGCCGGAGCACGACUUCUGUUCUCAUCCUGAAGCAAAGUUCUUAACCCGAGGUAAUAUUUCUAGGUUAGCGGAGUCUGUAACCUGAAGCGUAUGCAACCCGAGGUACCACUGUAUAACUAUUUAUUGCAUCAUCAGUACUCAUAGUGCUUUGCAGAGUACAAGGCGGCAGAUCUCUGCCCAGAGCACAGGGUCAAGAAGAAGAGGAGUGCAUAAGCAAGAAAAGGGUAUGCAGUUUCCCACUAGCAGAGCACCUCUUGCCUUGAGGUGGUUUAAUAAAGAAUUUUUUUAAGGGAAGGGCAAGCCCUGCUAUGUAAAGAGGCUGGUCAGAUCAAGGCAUGACACAUGGCAAUCUAACACCCACUUCCCUGCAAAGAAUAAGAAAGUGGGCCAAGACCAAGGUGGCCGUGGGAGAAUGCAUGUUGCCUCGCCUUGUACCUGCCACCCUGUUCCAUUCAGAGCAGUUUCAAGUCAGUACGGCAACUUUUUUGGUAUGCAGCCCUGCAGCAAAGAGGAUUUCCCUCUCCCUCCUCCUGUGGAGGAAUAUAAAUAGCCAGGAGUGCUGCCAAGCCCAGCUGCUCCCUUCUUUUCCCUCUGUCACUAAAGAAGGUGGUCGAGAGGUAGCAGGCCUAAGAUGUAGACACGGUUGCCAAGGGCCGCCCAAAAAGGCCUCAUGGGCCGCAUGCAGCCCUUGAGUUGUGUGUUGGACCACCCUGAUAUGAAGCAUUGCUUCUGCUAUUCAUACCCACUUGGCUGCGGCUAGCAAUUGAUGCAGGCCUGUAGGAUGUGAAGGUUCCCUGGAGUUGGCAGCAAUUUUAAAAAAGUGAAUUGGUAGAUCAGUAGGAAUUGCUAUGGCAACGUAUGUGUUUUUACAAAAUAUAAAUUGCACAGUAAAAUAGGCACAGAUCCUGCUGAUCUAUUCCUUUUCAUACAGGUAACUCACGAGUUAACGUGCAUUUAACUUGUAUGCAUUCAUCUUUAUAUGCUUGGCAAUGAGAAAUAAAAAGGGGCUGGGAAGCGUUUGUGGCGGGAAAGACUUUGGCAAUCCCACCCACCAUUGAGCUCCAUGUGUUUUGACUCUAUGUGAUGUUGGCUUUAUGUGCUAUCCCUGGAGUGUAACCCCAGCAUAAGUUGAGAGUCACCUGAAUUAAGGAUUUGUUAAGCACGUCUUACGUACCUUGAAUUGCUUAUUUUAUUCUCUUUCUCCCUCCCCAGCUCUACCCAAGGAUUAAGCCAAGGCAAAGAAGCUUGGCGUGAAAACAUUUUGAACCGAUUUUAUGAAGUACCAACCGCAGGACAAGCUUAUCCUUCUUACGGAAAAGAAUGCAUUCUUUGUGGGUUUGCGCCAAUCUCGGGAGACAUUUCUAUUUACAGUGUGAUAUGAAAGCAAUACUGAGUGUGCUUUGAAAACAGAUGAAGGAUAGAGUCCAUUCACAAGUGGCGGAAGACAUUCCCCAAUCUGGAAUGUGACUUUCAAGCAAAUGGAUUUAGCUCCAUUUAGGGAAACUAAGCCCUAUUGGUCAGUCACUGCCCUUUUUGCCUCUGCAGGUGGCUCCCCCCCCCUAAUGCUAAUGUACCAGCAAGAACCAAUCAUUGCUCAUCUAGACAGUUAUUCUCUUGCUCCUCUGGUUCCCUUCUCUAAAAAAGGGCCCAGUGCAAGUUAACCAAUCUUUUCGUACAGAAACAAAUAAUGAACAUUUUGCUUACGGAAUGUAUUUUAGUAGCCGAGUUAAUGGUGUGAAAAUGACAUAAUGCAUCUUAAUAAAUAAGGAACCUAAAUUCAGUUUUGAGCAAUAACCUUCAAGGGCAGUAGCAUUUUAGGAUUUCCAAAGUAUUUGAAAUGUGUUAUACUGCAAGUAAUGUAGUUUCUAUAGUGUUUUUUAAAAUAAAUCUUGUCUGUGUUUUGUAACUUGAGCGUUCGAUAUAGAAAACCUGUGUACUCUACAUCUCACAAAUUUUGUUAUAACUAUCUUUUUAUUCUUAACUGUGAUUAAAUUUUUGCUUCAG